GUUCCGGGUUAUUGUCAGUCUCGGCAGCUCGGCACAAGGGCAGGACCACGUCCCGGAGCUGCCCGAAGCAGCUAGCUCUUUAUCCAGACGGAAGCUUUUCUUAUUUGGUUGAAACACCAAAGAGAGCAACUCGGCGCACUUGCUAUCGAACGUACUCCACAGUCUCAGCUGGAAAUCUGAGUCUGAAUCGGGAGACGAGACAUCUCAGAGGCAGCCGAAUAAAGUGACGGACGGACGGAGCAGAGAGUCUGAGCAACCGGGAUUUUACACCGCGUCAGUUUCGGAUAUUUCAGGCAGCUGCUUUGGCCCAGCCUUGAUUUCUUUCAGGGGUCCCUUCACACAACAUUGCCUCAAAAAUUUACCAACAUUUACAUGGUAAAAAAAAAUCGCUGAAGGUCUAAGGUGAGCUGGUGGACCACUUUAAACCCGUGCGUAACAGCGGUGGAUUUUGGAAUACUGUGAAGCAGUUCAACCUUCCAGUUUACGAUUGACAGUUUCUGUUGUUUGGAAAUAUCUACAAGCGAAAAAAUAAGAGCGCAUAGGCCCCAUUACUUUGUUCUGGAGGCUAAACGCCGAAAACCCGAGGCGCACUCGGAGCGCAAUCCUUCCGAGGACGCUCCUGAAAUUGCCGACCUGCGCUUUUGCCCUCGACAAAAAUUGGCAGCCGAGUCGAGAAAAAAGGCGAAGGCUUAUUAACUUUGCAUGCUAGAGGCUAGAGUGUGGAAUCUAAUUCACAGGGUUAUACCGGUGUAUUUGCAUUUGCCAUCAGAAGAGGAGGAUAAACUUAAUCAACCUUUUUUGCAUCGAUAAAGCCGCUGCUGCUGGAUGUUGGAGGACAAGAAUGAAUCUUUUGUAAUUUGGACCCCCAGAAGUAUGAGGCAGAUUUCUCAGUGAAUGCUACAAUCUGCAUGGAGUUCUAGUCUGCACUACGGAGCAAUUUAUGGUAAAUAUACGUUUCAUUACAUCUUUUCUGUUGCGAAUGAAUGUGUUGGAAAAUUCUGACUUUGAGUGGGUUUUGUUGAAUCUUGAGAGAAUUAAUUUGAAAAAGAGAAAUUACAGCAGAUCAUGUAAAAAAACAAAUGUCCCUUCAAACCAGACUGUUUCCAAGCCUUUGUUUCCAUGUGUGACCCCCGCUAUAAAAGAGGUGUUGUAAAAUCGACUUGUUAGAGAGCCGCUCCCGAAUGGCUUCAGGAACUGCUUUGAUGUGUAAUAUUGGUCUUUUCAAGUAUGGCAAGCAAUUAAGUGUAUUGUCGCGGGGAUAGCACCGCAGGCACCGCAGGAGGAGUAGGGCUAUAUGGCACUGGAGGAGUUGCUGCUCAGAGCAAAAGGUGCGAAUUUUUCAUCUGUACGCCCCCGUGCGUCACAGCGCGUGGGGAGGGUGACUAUUCAGUGUCUGCUGCAAUUAGUGAUUUUUCACCCUUGAGUGUUAAUGAUAUACAAGCUUUUUUCUCUUUUUAUGGUGUGCCUGCAUAUUGUGAGAGGCUUUUUGAAAUCUCUGUCUGCAUGUGGCUGUGAAACUUUUUUUCACGACACGCAUGAUGCUGAAUGUGCUGCUGCAUUCAGCUCUGGGGGCAAUUUGUCAUUGUCCUGCGAAUUCUUCUGCAAAUUUGUCCUCUGCAGCCCAGGCCUCCCAAUGCAAAUAACAAAGUCUGAUUAACGAAUUUGAAUGUUGGCUGAUAAAGUUUGAGCUGUUUGGACUCCUGUGAACUUUGAGCCCGAGGGUUUGCUGAGGUUUGGUUGCUGCUCAUAUAUGAGGCGGCACAUUAUGCUGACUGUGCAGCGAGAAGGCUGCACACAGUAUGUUUUAUCAUUAGACUACAAGCACUCUCAAAAUCUAUCUUCCUCAGCGGCUCCAGUCAUUCUCCUCUCAGCAGCCCUGCAGACAGACGGCUAUCUGAAUGUAAUAUGGGCCCCUACAGCAGGGCAGGCGCCCCCACAGUCAGGGCACCUGCCAUAGAGCCUUCCUGCCUGUAUUGAAUAAAACAUCCAGUGAUGUAUGAGGCAGGGGCUGCACCCGAGGGGGCAGAACUGCCUCAUUUACUUCCUCCACUCGGUGCCUGUGACCUGCUGAGCAAAUUGUGCUCAUAUUAGCUCUGCGGCUGCUCCUCACCUAAACAAAUAGUCUUCCUAGCAUAAUGCUCGCCUUAACUCAACAUGAUGGUUGGACAAGGCAGGGUAGAGCGGAGGGGCAGAAAAGCUUUAAUAUCUAGGUCACUGAAUUACCUUUCAGAGUUUGUAGCUCUUGUUUUUGCCUCUUUUUCGGGCUUGCUUUUAGAUCUUUUUUCCUCUACAACACUAAACCUCCAAGUAUCCUGCUGCAAGACCUAACUCACAUUUCAUCUUCCUCUGUUUUCACCAUGUUUCCUGUUGCUGUACACUUUCAACUGAUCUUAACAAAUAACAUACUUAUGUGUUAAAAAAAAACUCACUCCUAGAUUUUAACCCCUUUUCUAAAAACUUUACGAUGUUUAUGCUGCAAUAGUUUAGAGGUGGAGAACAUAUUUUGGCAUGUCAUUAAUAAAAGGUAAUUCACUGAAGGAAGUCUGGCAUUUUUAUCAAUUUUCAGCUCAAAUAGCAUAUCAGUUGGUUGAUUGAUAGCUUUUGGGUUCCUUACUGUAUUCUUUGCUUAUUAAAGUGGCUGCCUGAAGUGAAGAAGUGAGCUGCACUCAUGAAUAUCGUUAAAGUCGCUGAAGUUUAAUUUCCUGCACUGUGUAUUAAUCUUUUUAAUCCCUGCAUGGUUUGAUUGUCUCAACACCUACCUAGAGGCAGCAAAACUCAUUUUGGCACUUAAGAUGACUAAAAUAGUAGAUACAGAUGUGUGUGUGUGCGCGUGUGUGUGUGUUGCUUCAGAUGUACCCACCCCUAAAGGGUUUAAGCUCUGCGUGUCCAUUCUUGUGUGGACUCUAUUAAUGAAAGAUCCUCUCUGUAUUCACACAGAUGAAAUGAAAUCUAUAGAAGACAUUCACCGUCUAUAGGCUGUCCAGGUAGCAUUAAAACAUCUCCCUCUGUCAGAGAAAAGAACAGACAGCGCUUCACAGAUGAACUAAUAUCUUUAAAAAGCUCAGAGCUUCUUGUUAGGAACACCAACAGACACUUUAAGAAACAUGAACAUUCUCUCUCAAAGCCGUGUCAAAAACAGCUCAUUAGAUACCUGAUCAAAGAGGUUCAUAUCAAGGAAAAGUCUACAACGGUUCUGCUUUAAAACCUUUCAUGUGCAGGAAAAACAAAAGAGAUGCGCCCUUUUUUAGUACUGUACAAUCUUACAUGAUUUAAUAUAAACUUUAUUGCCCGGGCAGAGCGAUCUGUCUCGCACAUCAGCACUCGGGGAUGUGAAGACAGAACGUGAUAAAAGCAGCAUUAAACAAAAAUAUUAGACGCUGACUAUUGUGGAGAGAAACUAACACAGUCUUCAACCAGAGGUGAAUAUGAUGUUCAGUUUUCAGCAGGGAUUUUGGCGUUAUCAGGGCUUGACAUCAAGAAUACAAGCAGGGUCGGCUGGGAUGUUUUCUGGUUUGUGUUUGACAAUGGACUUCUGUGUUUUAUCGCUUAAAGAGGAAGGACAUUGUGACAUCUGAAUAUCUGUAAGUCUGGCCAGCAUUUAUGACAAACACAAAGUGAAACCAAAAGCUUCAUGUUAAUUCUACUGCACAGAUCAUCUUAAAUGAUGUUAGUGAAAACAAGGGUUGUCUCUCAGUCAGAAGGUCUAAGGUUCGGUCUCAGAUCCGGCUGACCCGGCAGCAUGUGAAUUGGAUUUGUUUCUACUGAUGGACCCUUUUCACAGCAGUGGUGUGAAUGGGUGAAUGUGAUAUGUGAGCAAAAGGUGAUCUGAGUGGUCAGAAACCUAGAAAAAGAGGUUUUACUUUAACUUUUCCAAGAUCAAAUAUUCACUGUGAGGAAAAAGUUUGGCUGAUAACAAACAGCAGAAAAUGUGACUCACACAUGUUCAGGACAAGAUUAGAGGAACUGCUAUGUUCACAGAGGUGGUCAGAGUUGACACAAACAGAAAACCCUUCACAGGUGCUUUAAGUCAGUGACAAUUACUCCAAAAUCUGCAGUUUGAGACAGAACAAAGUGAGGAAUAGGUAUCAACGAUCAAGUAUGACUGACGUGAGGACAGUAGAAUAAUUAAGUGGUUUAAGGAAAUGACACCUCCCUCAGUGGGAACAAUAGAAGUACAAUAAAAAAACAAAGUGUAGUCAAACAAAAGCAGUUAGACCAGGCGGAUUUUGUGUAGAUUUUAUAUAACAGUAAGAGAUUUUAGGUACAGAUGAUGACCCUGUUGCAGUAACUUCUGUCAACCUGCACAUCUUUGAGUGUGAUGAUUGACUCUCAGGCUUAAAAACUUUGUCAGCUCUCACAGGAAAGUGUCCCUGUUGGGAUAAUAAUCACAGACAGACUUUUCAGAAAUUGUCAAGGUCACUGGAGACAAAAUUACUUUUUGAAUCAGUUAAAAUGACCUUUUCCUUGAAGUUCCACUAAAAUGAUAACAUUUUUACUUGUAAAAACUCUGUCAGAAACACAUUUAUAAAAGUUGCUGUCCUCUAGUCUUUCUCUUGGGUUUGAGUUCCACCAAUCUUAAAACUUUUUUCAUUUGAAGAAACUGAGCAGCUGGCUGAGAUUACCUCCCUUUAAUAAUGGUACCUGUAUGCAGUGAUCACAUCAGCUGGGGGAAAACAACAGGUGUGUGAUCUAUGGUUAUUUACGUCUCAACUGUGUGUCCUGUACAGAGUUAGAUGUUACAUUUUUCUUUAUCGGUAUAUCAGCUGUUGAAUUUUGAAAUUUUUUCAAGACACUGAAUUUUUUCUUUUGCAAAAUGAAAACAAUCUUCCUCCUGGCCCUGACACUCUUCCGUAAACUCAACCCAGAAAUUUUGUUUUCAUCAACAGGAACUAAUUUGUAUUCAAGCAGCGGGUUCUCAGAAUCUCGAGAAGAAUAAACUACAGUAAGGUGUUUCCUUGAACGCGUCUCAGCUUUGUUUCUGAUAGUUUGCGCGUCAGAAAGAGCCGGUACCCUUAUUGUUAGUAAGUCUGCAGAUAGUUUGAAGUAGUUUAAACCAAAGAAAAGUUAACCUGACCACUGCUCUGCUUACAGGAUCUAAUCAGCUGAGAUGCCAGACAUUGGCAGCUCUUCAUCAGGGUUAUUUGCAGCCACUUAGUGCGUGACGGACAGCGAUGAUUCCCCCCUGACCUCCUUCUCCCCCUCUCACUCCCUCCCCUCCUGUCACACUGAAUGGAAGUCACGUCUCAGCAGGCCUCCAGGUUAAUGUAUAGCCUUUAAUUCGGAAAGGUUAGGGCACUCGGUCUAUUUUUUAGUUUGAGAAUGCUCUCAGGCAUGUGGAAAUACAGUCAAACUGAACAGAGUAAGUUUAUAUGUGGUUAAUGAGUACACUGGUGUGGUGCGCCGUUUGCUCUCAAACCCAGCCUGGAAAGUGCAGGGAGGCCUGCUCCCUCCAAAGUGUUCUUGGGGGUAAGAAGGAGAAUAAAGCAAAUCUGACAAGCUCUCCAACAGCGAAUUUGCUCUCCUUAAAAACAAUGCCGCUUUUGCCUUCCUCAUGGUCACAUUGAUUUGUUCUGGGUGACAGUGCAGGCUGCUGUGAAAUCACCCCAGCGCCAUUGAUCUCAAGGAGAGGGGGGAGGAGAGGAAGGGGAGGCUGGCGACAGAGAGCAACAUGGGAAAAUCCUUAGUGUGCCCUCUUCAACCUGAACCAGUAAUAAAAAGACGGCCCUGCUUACUAUCAGAUCAGGCCCUGCUGUACUUCUUUCGCCGCUGUAUCGCUAGUCUAGUCUGCGCUUUGAUUUGUUUUUGGAGACCCGUACGUUCUGUUUGAUUUGCCAUUGUUGCCUCACCAUGUUUCACAUUAUCAGCUGAACUCUUUAUUGCCGCUGUUUUCCAUGCCAGAAGCAAGGCUGUUUUUAUCUCAUGCAGGCCUCUGAUUAAUCUCCCCCUCUAUGCUGGUGUACUUUAAUCUUGAAUGGGAGAUAUCUGAUUCUCCUCGGCUAUUGAGGAAGAUCAAACUUUAAUGGAACAAGGAACUGCACAUCAUCCUAAUCUCCAUCUCCCUGCAUUUUGGUUGACUGCUUCCCCCUCGGGCUCUGUAGCUUUGUGCAGAAGCAGGAAACACAUCACACAGAUAAGGUGUUUUCUCUUCAUGCUUUGGUAAUUUAUUCCCCGUUGACAAUGGCCACCACUUUACUUCGGUGCUGUUUGAUUACCUGGCUAAAGGAGAAGCUGGUAGAAAACACAGGAAUUGAUUGAUAUGCUAAGGCCUAAAAGUGUGAAACUUCUGUAGAAGCUUUGAUUGAGGAUUUCAUCAAAGUUUAGUUUUUUUUGGCUUAAGCACCCACUCUCUCUCCCUCACUCUUUUAUCGACACGCAGGAGAUUGGGUCAUGCGUGGCCUACGUCAUCUGUCUAUAAAAGCCGGGGGAGAGCUACGUCAGCUGCAUGGAUGUAUUCAAUGCAUCUGAUUACACUCCAGUCAAUGCAGGAAUUAGCUAUUGACCGCUAUUCUCUGCCUCCGCUUCCUCCAUAUCAUUGAAUAACUGCACAUUAUGCUGACCAGCAUCUGUCUCCUGCUGCAUGGAUGCAUAUUGUUGCAAAUGGAUAACACUUAUGGGGUGUCACACCUCCUGCAGACGGCUUGUGUCUGUGACAAAAAGAGGCUAUUACCCAAUUCUAAGGCGGUUUGCUGUAAAGUAAUGAAAUUUCCACUGACUGGAGAAAACAAUGUUGUCUGGUCUGGAUUGUAAUUGCAGAAGCCACCUUGCCAUUUUUUUUUCCCAGGGUUCAGCGUGAAUGCAACACGAUUUAAUAAAACUCUUGAGAUUUUUAUCAUUUAUUGCCAGGCUUGGCAGCAGCGUCAGGGAGCGUAAAGCUGCGGCUCAUACAGAUAAAACUCAUUCAAUUUGCUUGUUGAAUUUUAACCAAGCUGGGGAGCACUGACAUAAAAGAGAGAAACCUGCAUGUGACCCAAAAGGACACGUUCAUGUGUUGGUCAGCUGUGUUGUUAAUGGAAAGCCACGAUUUCUUUCAUCUAAAAGAAGGAGAAGUCUGGAAUUUCUCGCAUUUUCCCCCCUUUUAUUAUUUGUGUCAAGAAAGGGUUGAAAAUCUGUGGGAUAUUAGACCCCGAGGCCAAAGAGCUUCUGUGUGCCUGCCUCUACUCACAUACAAAAACAUAGGAACAUUGACAUGAGGACAUGUAUGGACACACACACUCACAGACACACACACACACACACUCCUAGCCCUGUUUUAUUACCUCCUGCCUGCUGCUGGAAUUGCUUUCCUCCCUCGAGUGAGCCAGGCAAAGCCGGCUUUAUUGUGUUAACCUAUUUGUGUGUCAAGAGCGAUUGCAGCGUUCUUUAUCUCUGUUUGUAUUCGGACGGGGAGACGGCAGCGAGAGAGAGCGAGAGGGAGAGAGAGAGAACAGAGAGGGAGAGGGAGUGGUGGAGGAAAGUAGGGAAAGAGAGAGAGAGAGAGAGAGAGAGAGAGAGGGGAGGAUGGGGGGUUUGCACAGGAGCCAGGCGAGCCACCGGAGUUAGACGGAUGGCCGGUCACCUCGCUGCACUCUGGAGGAUAAUGACUGGUUGCUUAGCAAUAACCCGCCCCCGCCCACUUCCAGACUUGCAUCCAGAGUAAUCACUUUUUCCUCUAAAAGAUUUCGUAUAUAAUUAUAAGCUAGCUGAAAUCAGCCUAAUGGCUCUGUGCUGUCAUUUAGCAGAGUGGGUUGAAGGUAUAGGGAGCUGGAAUUUGCAGAUUUCGGUGUUGUUGGGUGGCUGCUUAUCAGCUCCUGCUUUUGGUCGGAUGCUUAACUGCCUUUAUGUGUGUGUGUGCGCGUAUGUUUGUAUCUGUUUUGCAUUUGAGCAGUCGCUGGAGUUUGACCUGGAUUACCACUUGGCCAAAGCUAUGUUUCCUGCCUCUGUAUGACCUUUGACCUGUGUAACGCUGCAGUGGCAACAUUCAUACAAAUAAGACGCUUCUGCAUAAGAGCACACAUUCACAUAUUCACUCUUUUUAAAGACCUACCAGAGGCCUUGAGUGCUUCUUCUCAUGAGCUCUUAGUUUUAUUAACAUUUUUAUUGAGUUGAACAAAUUGCUGACCUUUUGUGGCAUAAUGAAUAGCACAGCCUGCUUAGGAAAAAUGAGAGUUUUGGCAGAAGUGACUGGCAUCAAUCCAAGCUGUUUAACUCAUGAUUUGCAGUGUGUUUAUUCAGCAGGUGACAACAUUUAAUACAGUUGAGUGUUUUCCCACAUUUCAAUUCUUUUUCUGCUGCUCUAUUUCAAUUGCUACUCCUCAGUCAGGUUUGUUCAUUUGCGACCGUCUUUCAAUUUGCGCUUUUUCUGUCGCGACUUACUAUUAUUUAAGUGAACUGUGUUUUGCAGAGGCAGGAUUAUUAAGGUAAUAAUAAUAAUGAUUCAUUUUAUUUUUACAGCGCUUUUAAAAACACUGAAAGACGCUUUACAUAGUACAUAAAAUUCAAGUUAAUAAGACAAAGACAUGAAAACAGUAUGAUGAACAAAACAGUUAAAUAUUAAAAGCAAUUUUAAAUAAGUGAGUUUUUAAAAGGGAUUUAAAAGUAGUGGGGUCAGGGCAGUGUCUGAUGGAGGGAGGUAGGGAGUUCCAGAGGGUAGGGGCAGCUGUGGAGAAUGCCUGAUCUCCACAGGUACAAUACCUGAACAUGACCUCAGCUCCAAAUGCCUUUUUAUGAAGCCUUUCAUGGAGUUUAAAAAAAAGUUUUGAUGUUAAAACGGAUUUUAUGGAUCAAGUGAAACGUUUGACUCGUGAUUUUACUUUAGACAGAUGAAUUAAAAUUGACAAAAAACCAAAAUGUUCUUUUGUUGUUGCAUCUCCUUCAAAUAACAUCAGGGGCCAUGUCUGAAAGUUACCCAUCUGUGCUCUCUCUUCAUAUCCCGCUCAGUGCCAUCUUUCCUUAUCCCAGCUCAUGCACCAUUGCUACAACUGACAGCUCUGCACGUCCUGGGAACCUCAUACAGAUAAACUAAACAUACAGCGCUAUCCCCCACCCCCAUCUCCAUGGCAUGCUUCUGUGGCUGCGUCUAUAGGAACAGCUGUCCAGCUGUCACUGCAGCCAGCCAGUCAGCCGCUCUUUGAGGCAACAUCUGCAGAGACUGAGCACACAGGAGCGGCCCGCCGUUCCCCGCUCGUCCCUAUAGACCAGGGAAGAAGUGUGUCAGGCCUUUUGGCUGCACAUUACAGCUGACCACAUCAACCGUAUCACUGGGUUCUUAUUGAAUGUUAUCUGCUCCUGUCUGUGCCACUUAACUCAGUCCCAUGGGGCAUCAAACUGUAAUUUGUUGUCACCGAUUUACAGGGAUCUGUAACUGAAGCGUCUCAGAUUAUCACAACACUUCUUAGAAUCAAAGCGCAGGACUGUGCGGGCAAAAAACACAAGACAUAAUCGUUUCCAUUAAUAGUCAUCUGCCUCUGCGCAAACAUGUGUCUGUGUGUGUGUGUGUGUGUGUGUGUGUGUGUGUGUGUGUGUGUGUGUGUGUGUGUAAACAAAAUCCCAGCGAGCAAGGUGCAAUGGCCUGGAACUGACGAGAACCCACUGGGAGAGUCUCUCCUUGAUGUAGCUCCCCCUCCUCAUUUUUUCCUCCUGGCAGCGGAGUGACGGUGAGGUGGGCUGCAGGAGGGGGAAGUGUGUGGGAGCGUGUGGGCAUGGGAGGGGGGGUGUUCUUGGAGGGGCACAAAGCCAUGUGGGCAGGGAACUGAACAGAGCUGUGGUCCCCUCUGUUAGCCACAAACCAGGAUCAGCGAGAUCACAUGGGACUUUCUCCUAGGAUGAGCAAACAGCUGUUUUUCUCUUACUCCUUCUGAAGUUCGUUUCCCCCCUUCCCACCCACCUUAUCGUCUUCUCUCAGGCUGUCAUUAGCUUCUGUCAUGCUCUUUUUUUAUGGAGGAGUCAUCUUUAAAUGCAGAAAACACUUUUUUUUUCUGCAGACAUGGGUAAGAUGUAAAUUUGCUCUUUAAAAGUGGCAUAAUCAUUCCUGUGCCUCUUCUCGUUGUUUUUGAGAACUUUUUAAAGGACUUGAUUUCUUCAUCAGUCCUCUUGGUGACUGAGGGCCUCUCAGGCAUACUGUGUGCCUCUCCCACCAGACAGCUGCAGACUCAUACAGGCUCUGGGCGAGCUUUGAUGGAUCCUGUUUACUGAAGCUGAGAGAAUGCCUGGGUAUCUCAAAUUAAGUGUCACUUAAAGCUUGUCUUUUAGUCAGCUUUCCAUUUUGUUCCCCCAUCUCUUGUGACAGCACUGUGCUGCCAAUUGUAACAGGGAUUGAGAGGAAGACAUUUGGUGAUUACACAUUCUGUCAUGAUUGAGGGGUGAAGCCAGCGACUCCAGGCAAAAACCACAUUCCAUAUGGCUGCAGUGAAAUGUCUCCACCCAUCGUGAGUUACACUCUGUGCUGAUGACGGGGAGAUCGCCUGCUCAUGACUUAUCGUUUUAUCAUUCAAAUUUAGCCCAUUGAUGCUGGCUGCUGUGAUUGACAGCCAGGCUUGAAAGCCACAGCUAUCUCAAUUGAGCCGCAGCAGCCAGUUGGUACCCGUGACAAUGGUCUCUCCUCUUUGCCUUGUUUUCACACUUUUUCUGCUGUCACAGAAACCUUCUCCGCCAAGACAGCAUCCUAUUAAUCUUUUAAAUAAGGGCCACAGCCCAGCAGUAUUGUUUGCAGAAACCGAGAGGACCCUGUGAGACCACAGUGAGAGAGAAAAAAAAAGGGCAACCGAGGCUGGAUCCGUCUCAUUGUGGUCGGGAAGCCGAGCCUCCUUAAAACCAACAAUAUUAGAAAUCUAAUAGCUGCUGUGGAGAUAGAUGGUGCUGAGGUUUGAGUGUAGCCGACGCUCUCUGGCCCCACCUGAUGACUCUGUGGGCUCUCAGCUUCGCUCUCCAGGUGCAUUCUGGGCUUUCAUCUGCAUCGUGGCACUCUGAAUAAAAGCCUCUGUGUUUAUAGCCAUUUUCUUUUUCUAUGCACUUAUUGAUCCCUUUCAGCACAGUUCGAAAAGGCUUUAUUUUUUUUUCCAUCCUGGGCCCAAACCACAUAACAGCGGCAUAUUCUGAAAUAGCAGAACUAUUGAUGUAUUGUGAUGUGACCAAGGGAAGGAAGAAUAGCAGCUGAACCCUUUGUCCCUCUGUACUUAAUGGUUUGAAGGAGGCACAAACAUAAAUGAAAUAAGGUGUCCUUCACAGAAGAACAUUUCUUACAACCGAGAGAAAACUAUUUGCCUCAUUCUUGAAAAGACUCACUGCAGUCUGAUUUUAUGGAGUCAGCUUUUGUGUUUAAUUGGGUGUGAUUUGUUAACAUUUCCCAAGUGGUUGGAAGUCAUUGUGAGUCCCUGUACCUACUUGUCCAGUGUUUGUUUGUUUGUUGAGAAUUGCUGCAACAUCUUCUGCUCUGUCAUGUGUCUCCCUAUAUGAAGUGGUUUCACAAAGCAAACCUUACCCCCACUGUCUCUACGCUUUUACGUUCAUGUUACGUUACAUUAUCUGCGCUAUAUAAACCGUGUACAUUGCUGUGUUCGCGUUACCUCGGAAGUCAGAAGUCCGAGACAUAGACUGUAUAUACUACGGACAACUUUGUUCCGCCUUCCGCCUGUAGACAGAUUUGAAGCCAAAAAGCUCUCGGUAAUUCCGCUUUUUCCUCUCCAUUUCCUGAAACCAACAUUGCGUGGUAGCAUUGUGCGCAUUCGGCGGGAGAGUCGCUGUGAUGACACUCGGCUCAAAUCCUCGUACGCCCAUAGGCUGUAUCAAGUGUCAAUCAUAGAAAAAUGAACCCCCUUAAAACUUUUCAAAAUGGAGCUGUACAGAUAAAAAAGGACUUGAACACAAAACAUUCUUACAGUAACUACAUGUCAACAUCACAAGCAGGGAGAAAAAAUUUUAUUCUGUGUAAUAAAUUUCUAAAGUUGGUCCACAGCUCCAUAAGCUUUGCUGGCGGAGGCGGGAUUUAUGACCUAUACUGCAGCCCGUCACCAGAGGGUGCUGUUCUCGGAGUGGCUUCACCCAGCGAGGAGGCAGACGGCGUCCAUUCUGGAUACAGUCUAUGGUCUGAGCUGAAAAUGACUUCACAUCCAAGUUCCCAGCGUUCAAAGCAAAAUCAGAGGCAGAAACAAGAUGGCUACAUCGAAUAACGAAAGUUAUUUUAGCGCUUGCCUUGUCCGAAUAUAAGGCUAGCGCUAAAAUAACUUUUGUUGAUGUAGCCAUCUUUCUUCAGGCCUCCGAUUUUGCUUUUUUCCGACUUGGUAACUGAAAUGCUGGGAACUCGGAUGUGACGUCAUUUUCAGCUCUGAACGUUACCCUUACUGGAAGAGAGUCUGACAAGAUCUGAUGCGCUUGUUGAUGACUCAAAACAAGAUGAAAAUAACGUUUUGUUUUGUUGUGCUCUCACAGUGCUAUUGAUGCUAUGCGCUAUAUAGACCGUGUAUAAGCUUAAACGUUACCUGAGUGAAUGAAUGCAGGGGAAACACUGGAGUAUAUGGGACAUAUGGUUGCAGUGUUUGGCCUCUCUGUAGUACAGGAUGUUAAAAACCACCUAAAUUUAUCAGUCCAUUGUGUAUCUUUCCUGGUCUCUGGCCAUAGAAACCCAGUGAGGCAGUGCAACCUCAGUGACUAAUUGACUCUUAGGUCUGAGUCACAUAAUAGCAAGACUGAAAGUCAAUGGAAAUUGAUAUAGUUUCCCCUACAGGGAGCUACAGCUGCUUUGUGAUCAUCUGUGUGAUCAUGCAUCCAUGCAUGCGCACACACACACGAGCGUUUAAGCAUGUAGCUAUUCAUAGAAAUGUAUCCUCUGUGGCUCCUUCACUUUGAAAACACAGCUAAUAAAUCUAUUAAAAACAACUCAACAACAUAAGGCCACUAUUAAAAAAAAAGGUUUCUGCCACUGUCCUGUCAUUCUACAAGGUGCUGCUGGGGGAUUAUUGAGAGUUUGAACAAAAAGUAAACAGUAAAUUAGAGUUUUUUUCUUCCUACUUUAAAAAUGACAUUUUAUUUUGUCGUGGUUGGGACACUGGAGGGUAUCCACUCUGGUAUUUCAUGAAAAUGGAUUCUCAAGGUACUAAAACAGUUUUGCACAAGCAAAGGUUCACUGUUUCUGUCUGCGUGUUGCUUCACUGCAGAACUUUCUAGUUCUCUGUUUUGUACGUGCAGCUUUUCUGCACACAAGAUGAGCAAGUGUCUGUUACGGUUGGUCCUUGAAAUGCACUUAAAACCACAAGCCAGUGUUUCCUCUCAACAUGCAAAUGUGCACAUGCAGGGAUGUCUUUAUGAUCUUGUUUGCAGGUUAAACACAAACACUGCUGUCCCAGAUUCACAAAAGUAGCCCCCCUCAGCCUGAGUCUGAUCCCUGGCAACCAGCCCGAGCGCCUCGUAUGCAGCCACGAGCCUCCUUCUUCUCUUCCUCCUCCCCUGCCCAUCAUCCAAAGACACAUUCUCUCAGUUCCUCCACGUUCAAAGUGCCUGCAUAGCUUGACAGUGUUGAAGCACACCCCUCCUCCCUAACCCCUCCUCUCGGAGUCGGCACUCUUGACCUGCUGCCCCAUUGUUUCCAGCGGGGAUGGAUGAGCUGGCGCGAUCCUUCACUCAAUAGCUGCUCCAUCUGUUGACUGCGUGACUCUGGGUUACAAGCAGGGAUUUUGCUCCGUCUGUGCAAAGUGUGAAAGGAGCUAUCUCAGGGGGCUUCCUGAAUAGGGGGGUUUAAACUGCAGAAGCUGGGUGUUGUGAUGCCCCUCACACUCCCAUCCCUCUCCCCUCCGCCCGUCAUCAGCCCCACACAGCCGGCUGGGUGUGUGCAGGAUGAGAGGCCUUCAUUGUGCCUGUUCACAGGCCCCUAGGCAACAGGGUCACCUUGUCUCCAAACAAACGCUGCCCUCAGAGGGAUUGUUGGCACUGCAUGUCUGCGUUUCUGUGUGUGUGUGUGUGUGUGUGUGUGUUAGAGGGGGAGUGGGUAUUUGAGUAUAAGAAUGCAUCAUCAGGAAGAGGGCAGAGGCCUUGGCUGUAAGGACAUUUAUCUAACAUCUCUGCCUUUCACAUCAAGGCCUAUUCAGGACGACCCGUCUGCAACCAGCUUUCAAAGGACGUCCCAGAGAGAGAGAAACACUCAGCUGCCUCACGGGUCAAACUGUUUGCACUAACCGUUUAGACCAACAAGCUGCCCGUGUCAUUUUCUUUUCCACUGGCUGAAAGAAAAAUGACAUUAUCUGAGUUUUUUGUGUAAUUGUGAAGGAGCGCCUUUUAGACUUCCCGUGUUUUUUCCUUCUGUGAAGGAGAGUGUUUGUGGACAAAAAGAAGCAAAUCCGUGUCUGUUAUGACUGCUUCUUCACCUUCAGUAAUUAAUGUUGAAAUUGCAGUCUGCCAGACAUUUGUGCUGAGGUCCUGUGUCUGUCUGUGUGGGAGUUGUUAUUUGGCAAUUCCUCCUAAAUGAGAAUAAGCAAGAUUCUGCCCUGUAGGAUCCUGUUCUUCCUCAUGCAUACAAUUAACAUCAAAUGACAGAAAAACCUGAGCUGGAAACGGUUUCGUCUUUGGAAAUUAGUCCCAGUUUUUAUCAUCAGUUCACCUUUUUCUUUCUUUCUACCAGGGUGGUCCAACUUUUUUUUUCUGAGCUCCCUCAUCUGCUUCAUUUCCUGUUCCUUUUUCCUUUAUCACUCAGCCACAGCUCCACCACCGGAGCCUCAACCCCUCAGCUGUCACAGUCUGUCCCCAGCACACCUCUUCCUCCGUUAAGAUGAUUAAAGCGGUCCCCGAUCUGCUCCCCUCAUGUCUCUCGCACAUGUGUUUCACCUCUACCUCGCUUCCCAGGCUGAGAGACGACAUAGUGAGCAACAGUAUCAGAGUGAGAAGCAGAAGCUGAGCCCCCUCACCAGACAAGACGGAGUCAAAGGAGGAGGGGAGUGGGUAUCUGAGUGGAAUGAGUGGAGGUAGAAAACUGCAGUGACAGCAGAAUGAAUAAAUUGAAAAAGUCUCUCAUUGUAAAUUGUCUAUCGCUCGUGACAAACGAUCUGAUAGGCGAGCGGCCCGGGUUUCCGACGCAUCCGUCCCAAUAGAGCUGUGAAUAACUGGUCUAUCUCCACACUGCUUAGCACUGGCCCUGCACUUAAUAAUUCAUACAGUGUGAAAUAUUUUCCCCGGUAAAGAUAUGCCGAAGAGCCGCUGCCAGCAAGAGGAGGGGCGUUUGGGGGGGUGGUGUCCCUGUGGUGCUAAUUUGGGGGAUGGUGACGUGUGUGGAUUUCUGAGGGGGCUGUAUUUUAGAGGAGACGCCUCAGACACAUUUGCUCUCCUGUACGCUCCGUCUGAGCCGGAGACGCAGAGAGUGCAGAUGACAUUUAACUCAUGGAUGAUCUGCCUGGAACUAAGAACAGAGAGGGGAAAUAUGUUUCCAUUUGAGCUGACUGAGCACAGUUAGGAGCCACUGUGGGGACAAAGAGGUUGUAAACCUGCUAAGUAGUUUUUGCUGUUUGCCUCCGUGAGUGUUGUGGCAGCAGGUUGUCCGUGGACACCUGGUUCAUGUCUCCUGUUUCCAUCAGCUGACUCCUCCUCCUCCUGCCUCAGGCUCCUGCAGGAGCCCGGAGCGGCUCUCAUGGUGUCUGACCUUAUUGUCCCCUUUAUUCACAGCACUUAGCUCGCACCACCUUUUCUUCUCCGUAAUGAACCCACAGCUUUAUCAGCCUUCAUCAUAAAGUGCGCAUAGACAUGUGCACUCUCGGACUUGUCUGUAAUAGUAUCAUGCCGUGUGGGUCAUUUUUGUGUGACGGUGCUGUGUGGUUUUGUGCGGCUCGUUCCACAGCACAGUCCUGUACAAACUGGGUUUUUAUGGUUCGCAUUCAGGCACUGAUACCAAUUAUGCAAACUAUUAAAAAUUUAAGGAGGACAGUCUUUUAUAAUUUAAUCCUAAAGUAAUAGAUUCUAUUAAAAAUGCAUGAGAGGAGCUUUAUAGAUGGAGCUAGAAUUAGUGUCUAUCAAAGACUCCAGUCAAGGAUGCAGAGGGAAUGGGCGGCAGGAGCGCUGCUAUUGCCUCAUUAUUCAAAUAGGAUAUGAUUACCAUAGAGCAGGAGUCCCUCAGAGCUGAAGCAGAGCUCACUGGUCACUCUGAUCACACACAGGAAUAGAGUUGAGCCUUCCUGGAGAAGACCACACUUUUUUUUUUUCCUGCUGAAAUGAAACCGGUCUCUGGUUUUAACGUCUGAAAAUGGGAUUUGAAGUGAUGUGCGAUUUGUUGUGGUUAAAGCGUUCUGUCGCUGAAACGCUCUUUUGUCUUUCCUCGUUUCUCCUCCCUGGUGUUUCACUCAGGAUUGUUUAGUCUUGUCCUUGCUGAAAGCAUGUCGAAGGUGUUCAAGCAUGAAAACAGGAAGCCUGCAGUGCUGUAACUUAAUGGCUCAUGCAGCUUGUGAGCAGCAGACCUUUUACCGGCCUCAGCGCUCCUCGGUUUACCCCACAGAACUUCCUGGACAGGUGGAAAGCCGAGGGACGACUUCACGAGAGAAAAUGUGUUUCUUUUUAACAAAGCAACCAUAUUUGCACUCCUUUUUUUUGUUCUGUUCUACACUGGCAGGGGAGCUAAACAGUUUUUCUGCAUCAGAGGUUUUAUGGAGGACAGAUAGGAAGUGAAUUUCCCUCUGUUGCUAUUGUGCCUUGCUUCAAUAAUUACAGGUGCAGCAAUUGAGAUACCAAAACUGCCUCUGAAAAGGCUCUGUGCUUAUUAGUGUACUGAAAGAAGUGGAUUGUAAAAGCCAAUAAAAAUUGGAACCUCAUGAAGCCUAUAUGGAUUUGAAGUUGUGCCUGGGAGGUAAAUUCCUUGCCUUUUUGAUGUAAUGGUUGCCUGUUUAUGGAAUAAAUCCAACAGGCUUAAUCGAUCAUCUCCGUGGAAAGGUCAAGAGGAGAAGCUGUAGUGUUUGAAGUGCUUAUCCCGUGGAGGAGCGCCAGAAAUGUGACACCUCCUUAUGAGUGGGCGGUGGCAGGCAGAUUAGUGACGGACAGGGUGGCCCAGGGGGAUGAUUUAGGGAGAUUCAGCUCUAAAUACUAUAUCAGAGAGAGAGAGAUAGAGAGGGGGGAAAUGUAAGCCGCCUUCCCCCAAUCCUCCAUUUUAAACAGAAAAGCAUAUUAGUAGAUUAUAAAGAAAUUUUCCAAAAAGGAAGAGGGGAAAAACACGGGGGUCCCAGCUGAAGGUGAAAGGUGAACAGCAGUUUUCGUGCCUUCUGUUGAGCGUUUCUUGAAGUUAGCGGCCAGUUUCAUCCUUCUGCACGCUAAUCUAAUCUGGAGUGGGUGGCUGUGGGCAGCAUCUGUGCUCUGAGUUGAAAUCGGGCUUUCUCUCUGCCUAAUCCUCUAUCCAGGGAUCACUCAGUAGGGUGAAGACAAUUACCAGCCUGCUUUCUCAUGCUAAUGGAAUCUCUAACUAGAUCUUACAGAAAGAGGAAAAAAUAGAUGAAGGAAGAAGAGAAGCAGGGACAAUGGCGCAGAAAGAUGACCCAACUAAAAUGGGUUUUUAGAUUACCGUUUAAUUAUUGAUAGAGACCCAGAUGUAAGGCCUAAGGUCAGGAUUUGGAGAGGGUUUUCUGAGAAAGAAGAUAGAUUAUCAGGUUAUUUUGCUGUGUGUGUGAGAGAGAGAGAGCGUGUAUACAGAAGUGUGUGUUGUGUGAGGAAGUUGCUGAGACAGGCCCUGAUGUCACCCACAUAUCAGCAGCUGUGUGCCUCAUAGUCUGCCUUUCACCUUUUUAUCACCUGCCUCCAGCAAGGUGUCUGGAGUGGUUUUAAAUUGCAUUAAUAUGCAGGAAUUUAUAGAUUGCCUCCCUUGGCAUUUCUGCGGGGAGGGGAAGAGAGUAUUACAGUCUCCAUCUGCACUAAUUACUGGGUCUUGGCAGUGUUACCUGUCUCUUGUGAAGGACAAACCAAGGCUCAGAGCAGUAACACACAGAGCAGAAGGAGCUCAUCUUCUGGGGAGUCUUCAAGAAGAUGCAUUUCUCCAGGGCCAUUUUUGCCCCAAUAUGUUUGAUGUACUUGAGAGCUUUGACGACCAUAAAAAAUCCCCGCUCGCGACAUCAAUAAACUAAACUGCUCAGUCCGACUUGCAGCUCGAGCUCAGGCAGAGAAGCUAACAGGCUUUGCACCUGAUUUCAGUGACAGCCGUGUGUUCAUUCGAACCGUUGUAGUCAAACGUAUCAACAUAUAUCUUCUCUUAAUCCUGCUGGAAACUUAAAUGGACUGUCUCCCGGUGUGUCAGAAGACUUAAAAUCACGGUAGCUCAAGAGUAAAUCUGAACAGGUGUACACCGAUCACCUUGAAGAGAAGCUCUCAAACGUUGAACAGAAAGCAAACAUGUAUCAGAAAUCCUCGAGAGGGAAAGACAAUCGGUCUAUACAUGUGCGGUUAUCACAGCGAUGACCUUGUGUCUCAAUACCCCGCAUAGUUGGUCAGACGCGCUGAUAACACUGUCCCUUAUCAGGCUGCUUUUGUCAUGGAAAGUAUUUCAAAUCAUUAUAAACUAUCAAUUUUUCAUUCUUACUCUAAUCAUUGAGCGGUGACACCAAGGACCUUGCCUGUGAAAACAAGAGAUCAAUGCUUUAACUCUUCCAGUGUAGCAGCCAGGCGGCCAGGUCUCUGCUUAAAAUCUGCAUGAAGUAACUCCUCAUCCUCACUGUGGGUUGCUCAGGUUUCUUUGUCUGUCUUUUGGGCCCGUCAGAAAGACUUCUUGGACUGCUGCUGCACAAACAUCUUGCUGCUGUUUGUGCCAUCUGUGCCUUUAGCCAGCAGGUGAUUACCAACCUCAGCCUCACCUCCCACUUCGUCCAAUUGGAUUGCGACUGCUGGCACGAUCAGGACUGGCUUUCAGAGGCAGCAGGAUGACAACAGCUGGAUAGCACACAUUUAUGCAGCAAUAGGAAAGGCUGCAAUGAGGAGAAAAUAUGUGCAGGAGGAAAAAAAAAAAAAGGCCUGCUUCCUGUGCUAGCUGUCUUAGCUGUGAGCACUUGUGUCAUCCUCUCUUUUCUAGUCCUUAAUAUCCAGCAGAGCAAAAAUGGCUUUGUCACACUUGAGAUAUAUCAAAUGAGAUCAGUGUCAACAUUUCAACGGUGCACUGUUUGAUUGCCUUGUGGGCUCCACAACACACUAAUGUUAUGCAUGACUGAGUAUUGGAUCCAUGACACCCUCCGGUGAAAGACGGCGGAGCUGUCCUUUGGACCAGGGGAAUUAGGGUCACCUUAGGCCCUGCAGUGAGCGCUGUUUGGAGUCGGGCUUUGGCGAGUAAGAGGAGAAAUCACAUUGUUUGAAUUUAAUUAUAUUCCAUUGAUUUAUUGAACAGCCAUUAAUAAGCAUACAUUCUCAGGCAAGGCCAUUUUGCGUGAAGGUUUUUCCACGUCUCACUCUCUCAAUCGCUCCAUCUCUCUCUUUCUUUCUCCGUCUUUCUUUGCCUUCCUCUCGCCCGUUCGCUCCAUUUCAUCAUAAAUUGACAUAAGCCUUUCUUUGAAGUUCAGGAGCCAAGCUGAGGAAUGACAGCACAACAAACAAUGAACAAAACACAAAAAGACAAUGAACACUGUUUGAAUAUUCAAGUGAGCCACCGUAGGACGGGUAGAGGGAGAAAAAGAGCCCUUGUUUUAUUGUUGUUGUGUUAAGCCGUGAAUGGACCUGUCUGGGACAAUAAAGGAUUGUGUCACAUUGGAAUUAGAAAUUCUGCAGUAUCAACAAUGCUUUACAAAUGGUUUGUAAUAAGGUUUACAAAGAAAAUAUAAAUCCAAGCUUGAAAACCCAAGAAGACACUGCUAAUUUUUUGGUUGAAUUUGAGUUAGAGGUUUGAACGUCCUGCAUGUGAGGUGAGGCUAAAUUUUUAGCAAAAAUCAUGACAAUAAUCACUCUUCUAGAGGGAUAUUUAGUGUUUAAUACAGCCAGAUUUGCCGUGCGUGAACAGCAGCUCUCUGGUGUAUCUGUGAUCAACAGUCUGGCAUAAAAAAAACUCUGCAGCUUCUCUCCACAUCUGUUCAAUAUGUCACAACAUUCACAGGGUUUCAGUGUGAAAGUGGUUUUAGAUGACAACUAACGCUGCUGCCAUACAAAACAACACAACAAAGAGCUGAGGCAAUAAGAGGAGAAGCGGAUGUGUUUCCCCUGUGGUUUGUCUGACAAUCUUAAGCCAUGCUCUCAUUGCUCAAAGUCCCUUGCUGGCAUCAGCAGGAGAACAGAGACUCAGUCAUGUUGCAAGAGCACCUUGGUUUUGUACCGGGCUGCAAACAAACUGAUUUUACUGAGGGGGACUCUCCCAGCGAGGGACGCAGGGUUUUGUUGGGUUUUUGACUGCACAUUAGCACAACGAAUACACGGUGAAAUAUGAAUAGGAAAUACAAGGUCACAUCUCAGCCUUGAUUUAAGUUGUGUUUGUUGGAGGCGUGUUGUGCAUAACAUAAAUUAGAGACAAUAACCCUUUUAAGUGUCUCUAUAUUUUUAUCUUUUUGCUGUUUACAUUGAAUUUGACUCUUGUCGCGCUGUUUUCCAUCUGGAAAAGAUGAGUUUCUGUUCCUUUAAUAUGUACCAUGUCUUUACAGCCACCUUUUAACAGUUUACUAUACUGUCAAGAUCCUUCCCUACAUUCUUGUCCCUUUCCUCCUCUAUCAAGUCUGCUGUGAGAGCACAUUGAUGACAAAUCUUUGCUCUUUGAAAUGUUAUUUCUCUUUUCCUAUGGACCUCUGUAAGGAGCUCUAAGGUCAAGAAAGAGCAACUACAAAACAGAUCAAGUAUAUAGUCUCCAUCAUGGUUCACUUUCAUUCCACAUCUAAACUCCAGGGCUCUUACAUGAACAUUUUACAUGAUAUCAAAACAUGUCCAAGUCAAGUUGAUCAGGGAUUAUUUUACACUGGACACAUUGUGUAUGUGUGAAAAAAGAAGUGUUCACAACCUUAUGUAACUGAUCCUCUUGUAAAACCUACCAAAAGUUGCAUGAGUAAAUCCUCAGAGAAUUUUUUGUCUCUGGUUGUUUCCCAGAUCUGAUGUGGAGGAUGCAUUUGUUUCCCCUGCUAGCUGGUGUAGCUAAAGUUUGCAGCAAUAAAUAAGGAGUCAGGCCUUAUAUUAUUUGCAUAAUGCUGCUCUGGUAGUGGCUGAAGGUGUUACGUUUAAUUCAUUAUAAUAUCAAAUUUUUACCUGUGACAGUCCUUGAGUUUGUACACCCAAGCUGAGUUUUGCCCGCAAUCAAACUCACGAGCGUCACUGUAUGAAUCUGGAUCAUUAUCAUUCCUUCCAUUUAUCUUCAUUUACUUUGGCUCUUUGUAUUUUCCACGUUUUAAAAUGUGGCUGCUGUGUGUCAUAAUGGCUCACUGCCUCCUGAGCACCAUAUUUACCAUUAAUGAAACCUAGCCCAGCACAGAGAUGCAGCAGUUGGCUGUGAAGUCAAUUAGUCCUCGUUGCUAUUACAGGGUUGACAUUAGUCUAGGCAGGCGUGUUUUGAUUAGAGAUGACAGACGACUUGCUGCUAUUGGAUUGCUAGACAUUCCUCACCCUUCAUCCCCUGGGUGAAGCUAUUGAAGCUGACUGGAAUAUGGAAAGCUAACAGCUGAGUGUUUUUGCCAAGAUGCCCUUCAUCUGCAGAAAAACCUCUUAUAAAUACGACUGUGUGGCAGAUGAGAGAGUAUAAGCCCCAAUAACAGUGACACUCUGCAUCGUAUAUAUAAGAAUCAGCUGCCAAUAUGUUAUUCCAGCACUGUAUAUCAUGGCAGUAAUGCCUAAACUGCAGGCUUUUACACACAAUGGCCUUUUGUUGUGCAGGUUAUUUAUUGUGCUGGUGUGAGGUUGUGCAGAGCAUCCAGGGGCUUGUAUUGUUGGGGAAUCAGUGGCUCUUGUUUGUGGAGCUGGGAGGGUUCACUAACAAUGCCUUUUUUAUGUCCCACAGUGCGUGCAUGUCGGCAAACAUCCCCUCACAAUUUUUGUUUGUGUGUUGUUUUGUUGUUGGUGUGCUUGUGUGGGUAUGGAUCUGGGUAGGCGAACAUAACCCUCUCAUUGUGUGCCAUGUCCACACGGGCCUAUGUUGUAUCAGGUACAUGUGAGCAUUAGUGUGUUUGUGUUUCCGACAUACAGUAUGGGUGCAAAUUUUUUAGUGCAGCUGUGUGGAAAGUGGUGAGCUGAAGAGCUCUAAUGCCAGUCCAUCCUAAUGGAGCCUUUUACUCUGCCUCCAUUCAUGUGACGGUAUGGUGACAGAGGAGGGGUUGGGGGGGUGUAGGGGGGCAGCAGGGAUUAAGGGGGUAGAGGCAGUGCCUUGUUAAAGAAAAAGAAAGGGUUUGAGUGUGUCGAUUGGAUUAACUUGUUUGGGCUUAUUAAGAGGGGAGACACAGCAGCUUGUUAAAAGCACUGCAUGGGGCGUCCCACAGUGAGACGGCAGGGUCACCAUUCAAUUAGACUGAAGCCCCUCCCCCCUGCUCAUUGUAGCGGCUGUCUGCCAGGCUCCAGGACCAUGGCUGGUCCUUUUACUGGGAGGGGGUGAGGGACUUUUUAAAGCCUUGGUAGGUUUUUCUAUUAAAAGCCUAAUCAUUUUAGGGUGGCUGUUACUCCUGAUACAGCACUCAAGUAUUGGUCUCAUCCCCAUAAUCAAAUUUUGCAGUGUGUUAUGUAGCGAUUCUUCAAAACCUUUGAUUGAAUCAUUUUUCAUUUUGUCUUCUAAUGCAAAACGGUGAAAGUAUUCUUUCAUCUAAAACUCAAGAUCCUUCUGGAAAAGGAAGUAGUAAACAAAAUAAGAUCAAACAUACCAUCUGCCAAUAUUCUGAAAUGUUUACGUAAAGCCGCUUUUGCUGUAAUACUAGGCUAGUUUGUCUGAUUAAGAACUUCUUUUGUUGUUAAAAUGUUCAAUCUUCAUUCAGCUAAAGAAAACAAACAACAUUUCCUAAGGGUUGUUUAAAUGUCAUCGUACAGCCGGCUACUUUUUAGCCCUCAAUGUAAGUUUUGAGAUUGGGGUACCUAUGAUAUCAUUUAACAGUUAUUCAUUAGAUACUAGCCUGAUUUUUCUAUGUAAGAACAUUUCUUAUAACUGUAAAUCAUCUUUGUUUAAAAUAAAAAAUUCAUAUGUGCGAGUUGUUGCCUUAACAUGAAAGCAUCAAAACUUUGCCAAGAUAAAUAUUUUAAAAUCUAAAAUGAAAAGUACUGGUAAGCAUCUAACAAUUAAGAUAAUUUGAUGCAAUAUUCUGUGAUAUAAUUUGUAAGAAAAUAGUUUCUGAUGCUCAGAUGGAUUUUAGUCUGUACAAAAUACUGAUUUUUGGAUGUAGUACACGUGUCACUAAGAUAUGAUUAAAUAUGUUAAGAUGCGAUGCGAUAUGGUACGAUAUGAUACGAUAUGAUAUAUGAUAUGGUAUGAUACAAUACGAUACGAAAAGAUACAAUAUGAUAUAGAAUUAUAGUCCCCUCUAUUUUCUCCUUGGGGGAAUUUGUCAACGGCUCAAGUCGUGCACAUGCACAUACUCCCUCUCUCUGUCUUUCACAUGACACAUCUACAGCUCAAAACGCAUACAAACACACCGUUAUUCACCCAUGACCACCCUGUUACACCCCGCACUUGGCAGGAUGCUUAUCUGUGCAGACAGCUUUGGGCACGGGCAGCCAUCUCCUCUGAUCUCCUCUGCAGUUUAAGAACCUUUUAACUCAGAAAUAGCCCUCUGCCGUUCCCACCGUCUCUUGAUUCCGGCUUAUUCCCUCAUCUAGUAGGACUGAUCUUCCGCCCCCAUCGCAAACCCUGCAGCAGCGUUAGCAGAACGGGAAAGCGCCGAUAGACAUCCUGGCUUUUGAGAUAUCCCUGCACUGGUGUAAUAGGAGACCAGAGAGUGGAUUUGAUGAGUGAGUGAAGUGCAGGUGGGUUUUCUAGCUGUGUGAGUACAGCAGCGUAUGUGUUUCUCCCUCACCUUCUUAGGGAUUGACCCCGGCAUGACAGGCUAUUUCUGGGCAGCUGAAUGAUGGGUCAUAAGGUUUGGAGUUUCAGGAGAUAAUUUCCUGCCUCUGAUAGACAUCUGCUAAGUUGUACAAUAAGCUAAUAGAGGGAGAUGAGGGGAAAGGUAGACAUGACAAACAAGCCAAAGACUUGCUCCUUUUGCCUCGCUCUUAAAGGUAAUAAUAGGAGAAAAUUGGUUCUUGAAAUUGAAUUGAAAAAAAGUGGGUCUCUCCCAGCCAAGUAUAAUGCCUCAGAAUACAUUUGGUGAGCCGCAAAUGGAGAAAAAUGGAGGGUAGUUAGACGAUUGUCUUUCAUUUCAGAGGGGGGAAAACUGUGGAGGUAUCCCCUGUUAAAACCGGCUUUUAGUCUCAAUCUCCUCCAUGUGUCUCUCUCCCUCUCUGAACCACUAUCUCUUAACAAAUGGGCUGUGAGGAUGGGCUGGUUGUGAAAUUAGUAUCCUCACAGAGAGGACACAGAGAAAGGAUUAUGUGAAUAGCCCGUAAUGAGCUCAAAGUGCUAGUGUGUUUGGGCCAGGCCUGCCUGUGUGAGAGAGGAAAUGGCACUGCAAGUGACCUUUUUUUGCUCAAGCACCUGGCGAGAAAUAGAGUGGCCCCUGUCUCCCAUCUGCAGUGUGUGUGGAAGCGUGUGUGUGUGUGUGCUAGAGUUAACCAUCUAAAGAUUUAAUUUACCAACAUUUGUAAGAGAAGAGCCUUUCUGUGGACACAUUUUUACAUCAUCAAGGUUGCGCUUAAAGUCUUGUGUGCUGCUGCUUCUUACAGGUUUUAAAAAUACACCGUGACUUAGCGCGGUAAGUGUGUUACACAAGCUUCAGGGUCUGAGGUCAAAUGUCUUAUGAAAAUUGUUUUAUUACAAAUGCUUUGUAACAAGCUAAGACUAAAUUCUUUGGAGGGGAAUACCUUUAUUUUAUUUAUUUAUUUUUUGCAACACCUGCUUCUACUUUCAAGAUGAAGCCAGGAAUUCAUCCAACCCUAAUUAUGAUACAAAACUGAGUUGUGUUUGUCAAAGAUGCUUCUUUCCUUCUUUGGUAAUGCUCACUCUAAUCAGGUUUGACUUUAUCUUUGAGAAAUCUCUUUUAAUUUUUUACAAACAGAACAGUAAAAUAGUGGCAGUAAACAUGAAUCUGCAGCUCUGAGCUCUGCUUUAAAAACCGAGUAAAGGGUACUGUUAAAGUUUAUACAAAUGCUCAAAUGUUACCGGUUUUGAUUUAGGCUAAAGUGGGCUUUAGGAAGGUAAUAUCCACACUUCUGAGAGGAUACAUUUUGUAGAUGUGUGCAGUGUGAAAAAAAAAAAAGCAGUCUGUUCAUAUUUUAAAGAGAUUUGUGGUGCAAGGUCGGAGGAUUGAGCACAGUCUAAAAAGCAGGUAAUGCAUUAAAGUCAAAGAAAAUAACUCUCAGUGUGAGCUUCUCUCUGAAAAUAUUUGGCUUCAACAUUCAAUGAAAAAUGCAAAUACAUACAUUAACCGCUCUUACUUUAAAGUCAUGGUUUUUUAACCUCGAUCAAAACAUUGCAGGAGCAUUUUAAGAGGGUUGGUUUGAUUGAAUACUUCUAUUAGUGUUUAAAUAUUUUGAUGCAUUUCAAUGCUGAUCUAUUUUUUUUUUUUUACCUCGCAAAUGAGCUCUUUGGACCACCAUUAAUUUAUUUGGUAAUCAUUGUAAUUGCCUUCUUUCACAUAAAGAAUGAUAAUCCAUACAACUAAGUAAUGGACUGAUGGCAGGUGGCUAAAUGUUCAUUUAGUGAUUCACUGAGAAAAUAAAUAAUGGCGGACAAGCCUGCGACAGGCGCAUGAGAAAUCAUUUUUCAAUAAUCUGCCACGCAUCAUGGCGGGAGACGCUAGCGCUGACAGCACAGAUGAAAUAUUUGCCUCUGCUCUUUGUUUUAAUAUGGGAGGAGACCGGCUCAGAUGGAAACGAUAGUGUUUCAUAUCGAUGCGUUUUGGACAAGGGAAUUAUACACGUCCAGAGUGAAGACGAGGCCGCGAAGGCUUCUGAGGCACUGUAGUGUUAUACUGAGUACAGUAAGAGCAAAUGUUUCCUGUAACUGAACUACAACGGCUCGAGUCUGGAUCCUUAUCUUACAAAAACAUUUUCUGGAGUGAAAUGUUUCACUUUAGCUGUUCUCAUCUGGCACAUAAUCCAAGUAGAAGAGUUUGUAAUCAGUCAUCAUUGUACUUCUUGACACUGCUAUGUUUCUCUGAUGAAUGAUACCCUCCAUGCUACUCGAUUGUUGAGGGUUCUCAGUGAGGGAGCCCUGGGUUUUCUGUUACAUAUAUUUAUAUAUAUAUAUGAGUGUGUCCUGUGUUUCCACUGGGACUCUGAUGGGCUUUUUGAGAGGAAACUCGCAGCACUGCCUCCUUCUUCCUGACUGAAGGUGGCUGUGGGGAAAAGUGGGAGAGCAGAGCUGGAGAUUUAUGGCCUAGAGGGAGAUUGAUUAGUGCCGUCACUAGCCCUGAUGUACGGUUGGCAGUCUCCCCCUCCCAAUCCAUCGCACACACACAUAUGCAUCCAUACGCCUCGAUACACAGCUACACACACACACAUCCAGACACCACUCGGUCCCCCAGGCCUCUCCUGACAGUCCCCCAGAGCUGUUGCAUGUUAAGUUGCAGCAGACAGACUGCUGUUUUCUCAGCAUUACCAUUUUUUUCUCUGUCCAUAGAUAACGCCAUCAAUCACCACAUACACACUGCUGCCCUGGAAGGAAUGUGCCUGAGUGCUGCUGCUUUCUGUGUGAGCUGUGUGUUUGUUUUGAGGACGGCUUCAUAGACAGGAGAUGCGGUUGAAUGGCUGUGUGGAUGUGCUGUGUGGAGCUGCAGAGUGACUGGCCCUGGACUGUGCUCUGAAACCGUGUCAACUGUGCUGCCCCGGUGCAGGUGUGUGUUUAUCAUUCAGCACACAGAGCUGAGAGGCAGGCAGCUGUAGGCAUGCUUCCCCAAUUAAAUCCUGGGUGAGAAAGCUAGUCUGACGAGCCCAGGGCCAGUUCUUGUGGACUAACCCGACAUAGCCAGGAAGGGUUUGACCCUGAAUCAUCCUGUUUAACUCACUCAGCUCUUCUUUUUUCUCCUUUCUCGCUCCAGGUUGGCCCCAGAACUCCCCCGGCUGUAGUACCGUGCCCACCUCGCCAUGCUGGCCUGUCUGCAGAGGAGGCAGAACCCUCCACCCCAGCACCCGAUGUGUGCCAGCAAGACCUUGGAGCCCCCACAAGCCCUUGGACGAAAAUGUGAGUAAAGAAAGUUAUGAGGAAUCACAGGGGUCAAGAGUUCAAAUCACCGGAAGUUCAGGGGUUGAAGAAGCUUGUGGUUGUGGUUGUGGUUUUCACUAAACCCUCACUCUCAAAUCUGUGGUACACCGUGAUGGUUGAAAAUAGGUUGUGAACCGUGAUGGAAUAGGUAAAAGAAAAGGACUUUGAAUUUUCUGUUGUUUAUUACUGAAGAAUCCUAAACCGUUCCAUUCACUCUGUCUGUACUGGGACUUUGGAUGGCUGUGCUGUCUGGCCACUCAUUGUGAGGCCUGUUUAGCUGUGCUGAUUGUGCAGUCGUGGCAACAGGGCAGAACAGACAGUGUUUAACGUGCCUCACUGGCCCCGGGUGACCCUGAGGGUCUGUAAACAUUUACAGUGUCUGGCCCUGGCUGUGCCGGCCGCCUGUAAAGCAUGACAGCUGCUCUGUUUGCUCCCAGAGCACCUCCCUCUGUCCACUCACAAAAUGGUGUAAAGGGACAGAGACGAGCUAGGGCUGAAAACUGUUCCAGAGACGGAUAAACUAGUUCCAACCAGUUUUGGGAUUAGAGAGAGUAACAGCAGUCAGGCAUCUGGAAGGCGAAUUUUUAACUAAUUUUGUUGAAGCUGUAAAAAGAUAAACCCUUUUUUACAGCGAGUUUUAUUUCUUCAUUUAUUCCUGGAGUCUUUUGUGGCCUUUUGUUUACAUGGCAGGCCUACAAGCUAGCUCAACCAAAUUAAGAGGUCUGUGGAUGGAGAGCAGGGGAACACAAACCUACUAGUUUUACCUCAUUUUACAGAGGUUUAGUGGGAAUAGCAGGUUCGGUGCUUUUGCAGCAGAGUUACAUAGGACUAAGCCUGCAACCGGCCUAUUGAAAAGCUUUAAAGACGCCUUGAUUGGUGAAGGAAUGAAGCACUGCCCUUUCAUCAGCCAAUUCCUUGUUUUUUUUCUUUGCUCUGUAUAGUGUGUGUGUGAAAUAGACAGAGGACAAAAGCCAUAAACAGAUAUCUUCGUGCUGAGCGGGAUUCAGUGGCCUGGGUCCACUAAUGAGGUUUCAGAGAGGUGCAGAGACAGAGAGGUCAAAGAGAAGCGGCGAAAUAGAGUUAUAGAUGGUAAAGAUGGAAGAGGAAGGGGGAGAGAUGGAAGGGGAGUCCUGAACAGUCGUCUUAAUCGAUUCCAUCCUUCCAAUUUUGCAGGAUUAGCCCACUUCCUCUCAGGGUCCUUUUAUUGAGGCAUAGCCAGUGGGAGUAGGGACUCAAAUCAAUAGAAAAAAAGAACAGUCUCCAGUCCUGCUUUUGCCCUCCCCUCUCACUGACCCCUUUCUCUGACCCUCUCCCUCUCUCUGUCUCACUCACUUUUCCUCCACCUGUUAAACCCUUUGAUUGAAAGACUACCACAGCGACUGACUUGAGGUCCAUAAUGAGGAUGUUUGAACAUAAUAGCCCCCUUUCUGUCCUUGAAAGGGGAGGGGGUAGGCAAGUGUUGGAUUUCCAUCACUGUGCAGCUCUUGGCCUCAAUAAGGCGAUUGUUCGUCCAGGCUCAGAAGGGGUGCAGAGGAGCAGACAGUGGGUCUGGCUGCAGAAGUGGGCACAGUAGGGUCAACGUGCAGAGCAGGUCCCUGUGAUUGAUUGUUUUGCGGCCCAGUUUGUGCCAACAUGGAAGGAGGGGGGUUGUGGCUAAGGUGACCUGGACUCUCGACAGGAGGCCAAAUACCAGAAUACACUCCUCAAAGAGAGUGACUGAGAGCAUAGGACAGGGAUUACUGGGCAACGGGAUCGAGGUGAGCUGUGUCAUUUGCAUCUGCUGUCCUUUACAAAGAAAUGUGUGUGUGUGUGCAAAGAUCAGGGUGGCACAGCAGUUGGGAUGAGAGGGCGAGGGGGAUUUUUAGAGAAAGCCCCUGCAUGCAGAUGCCGAGUGGCUGCACAGUUCAUUGAUGCGACUCCCAUUAAAAAUCCCUCAUACCCUCAAUAAAAAAGGACUUAACUGGCUCUGCCAUCAGCUGGAAGCGUUCAGAUCGGCUCGCCAGACAAUCAAUUUCCCCCAAGCGCACAGAGCUUAGCGGGAGAAACGGGAGGCGGAGAGCGGGAUGUUUCCAUUAUCACAGCCCCGCUCUGUGUCUGGACUCGGGGGGUUGGGGGGGGGGAUAGGGUGAGGUACUGUAGUGCUGGAAGUGCAGGGGGAGAGAAAGGGGGAGGUGGAGAAAGACAGACAAGUGGAAGAGAGCGAGAGAGAGGCAGACAGAGAAGCUGGCUUUUCAAAAAGCCAUUGACCGCCUGCCCUUAAAAAUAUCAUGUUGGAUUAGUCUCACAGAGGCGGCCUUUUGAUAUUUUUUUCUCUGGCCGUAGAUUUAAAAGAAGUGCAGAGCAUUACUUGAAUUAUAAAUCAUAAGCACUUGCUUUCUCUGCACCCAAAUUCCACGCGUAUGUGGCUGCACUCUCUAGUGCCAGCCCCUGUCAUUUUUAAUUAAAUCCCCCCUUAUGGGUGACAUUUGUAGUCGUCCCCCUCCCAAUCCUCCGUCCUCCCUUCCUCAUCUCUCUACCACUGCCCUAGAUGAAGACAUGAAAGGCAGGGACGGCAGCAGAGCCAGGGCCUCUCAUCCUGCUGCACCCCAGAGAAGGGGCACCCAUCCAACAGAUGAGAGAAAAAGGGCCUGCGAUGGGGAGAGGGGUGAAUGGAUGUUACUGACCCUGGCCACCCUCAGGCAGCGGUGUCCUCCUUUGCCGUCUUUGCCUCUUCUUGAUCGUCUCCCUCUACUGUGGGUCUAAGGAGUCAAGGGAGAGAGAUGCACCAGUCCAAUGAAGAGUAACACCCCCACCACCUUCUCUACCAUGCUGCCUCCUUCCUGGCUCAGACAGCAAUUACUCUGCCACAUGUCAGCGAGGGACUAACAGGUCCAGAAUCCUUCAAUUCACUGCCUGACAAGGAGAUUUCUGCUGGCCUAUCACACCAAAUAAUAUCAUUGCAGAUAUCAGCACAUUUUCAUCUGUUCAUUCAUUACUUACCUUUUAUUCUGUGCCAGGAAUGACGUGUUUAAGACCUGGGAUUGCAUAUUUUUGUUCUGUAUUCAGCCCCAUCGCAGGUUCUGUCAUUAUUACCACACAGCUUACUCCUCCUCCAAUAUGUGCUCCAUAAUUGGAGGUUUGGGCCAAAUCUGCCCUUCUUUUUACAUCAUGAAAUACUCAUCAAUUCUAAUUUUAGCUUUUAAGUGGCUAUAUGCUAAUCUUAGCUGAACUAGCCAAAGGAAAAUCAACUGUGUUUUUUUUAUACUUGAUACACAGUAUAAACAUCAUUAAAUCUCCACCAUGUUACCUGAAAUAAUGACCUCUUUUCAACGAAAUUUAACUUUAAUCCCACUGCCAUGACUUUUGUACGACGGAGUAUUGGCCACAUAAAAAAAAAAACACUUUGAGAUUAAUUUACGAGAAUAAUUUCAUAAUAAAGUAAUUACUUAUGAGAAUAAAUUUCUUAUAAAGUAAUUACUUACAAGAAUAAAGUCGUAGUUAAGUAAUCACAAGAAUGAGGUCAGAAUAAAGUCAUUAUAUUCUAUAUUCUAACCCGUUGUUUACAAUGACAGUUGUUGAAGUGAGAGCCAUGGAGCAUUCCGUGAAAAGGUACUUCAAUAUCGGUUUCUCAAACAAGGAGAUACUUGUGCUUCAAGUUACCUGGGAAGUCAAAUGUCGGAGCUGAAAAUGACGUCCCUCCGAGUUUCAGUUACCAACUCGGAAAUAAGCAAAAUCAGAGGCCUGAAACAAAAUGGCUACAUCUACGAAAGUUACUUUAGCGCUUGCCUUAUAUUCGGACAAGGCAAGCUUAAAUAACUUUCAUAGAUGUAGCCAUCUUGUUUAAGGCCUCUGAUUUUGCUUUUUUCCGAGUUGGUAACUGAAACGCUGGGAACUUGGUGUGACGUCAAUAUUAGCUCGGAUUUCUGACUUCAGAGGUAACUCGAUCGCAGCAUUAAUCGUUUGGCACAUCAGCAACACAUCAUCAUGAGUAACGUAAUGAUUUUAUUACAACUUUAUUCUCAUAAAUUAAUGACUUUUUUCUUGUCGUCUACUUUUUUUUUCUUAAUGUGGCCCUAACACUUAGUCGUACUUUUGUAACCCUUGUAAGACAGAAACCAGUUUUCUGAUCAGUCAGCAGAAUUAGUCCCAAACGUGGCCUGUAACAAAAAAGCACAUGUAUGUACACACGCACAAGCACACCUGCAGCUGUAACCGUCUGCAUUGCCAAUCAGCCCGGCACAGAUGAAAAGUUCCCAGAAGGCCUGAUAUCCCAGGUUCAUGCUGUGUCAGGCCAGGUCCUCCUCCCGCUUGAUGGACAGAGACAACCUGGUCGUGUCUCUCAGAGCCUUAGGACAUGACACAGAGGUUCAUCUGGGGAUUGUAGUUUUCCUAAUAGCCCCAUGCCUGUUCAGACAGAGCUGCCAGAGCCAUUAGUUUGCUUUGCUUUUAGCAGCUCCUCUUCCUAUAAGCCCCACUUCCUGUGAGAGGGAAUAUGCUCAGGUAAUGACCUCCAGCCACCUUUCCUCCACUGUUGUCUGAGUCGCUGUGAGACAUAACAGGGGAAUUAGCCGGCCAUAUCAAAUUGCAGCAGGUUACUCCGCCGCCUGUUAUGUAGAGGGAAAAAAGUGGGGGCAGCUGAAUAUUUAAAAUUGGUCACCAGCAGCUGCAGAAAUAGCAACCUUUUCCCUGAUUGCCUCAAUACCCUGGAGGUGGGGGGCAGAAAGUGGAACCGAGGGAAAAAGAGCCAGAGUGAGCGAGAAUCUGCAUGCACUUGACCUUUUCCUACUGAUUGAACCACCUCGUUUCUAACUCCCAUUUGGAAUUCCAGAGAGUGCCCACAGAGACUGUCAUUAUUCCUCAGUCUGUAGCAGGGAAGCAGAGGUCAGGAGGUGUUUUUCAUAAUGAAAGGUGAUUGACAGCUGUCCAAGGCCUGCCUCCUCCUGGGUGCCUACUUAUGCAGUGUCAUUUUGGGGAGUGCUGGGUCCCUGCAGCUGCAUGAGGAGUGUCAUCACACUUUCAUCACAUUGCUAUAUUGCAAAUCCAGAGCAUUAAUAGAGUUUCACCUUAACUCAGGAGGACAGCCACGUGAUAUUGAUACUUCUAGUCUUACCUCAUACUACAGAGUCCUUUGUCAUGUUGGCGUCGCAGCGCUGGCACACACAAGAUCAUUUCCGGCUGCUGGCAUCCCACAGCGCCAUGCCUUCCCUCUGCCCUCUGCCUUCUGCUGUGAACACAGGGGGCCAAGCAAUCUUAUUACCUCGGGUGGUGAGCUUGAGGAAAAGGGGCUCUGCUUCAGUUUUGGGUCACAGUAGGACUUGGGAUGAAAAACAGGUUCCUGGUUCCAAAGCCUUCGAGCUGGCAUUUGGGCAUCCCAGGUGCAAGGCAGCGACACUCUCUGUCUUUGCCUGCCAGAGAGCGGGGGAGGAGGGUUGGGGGGGAUGUGAGUGAGGGUACAGAGAGUGUCCGCGGUUCCUCGCUGUCCCACAGGAAAUGACACGCAGUCUGUGCCAUCUCAGAGCUGAGCCCGCCACAGACUGACCAUGAGAGGCAGUCAGGAGGUGCUGCACAUUCCUGGCACACUGCGAGUGUAUCUAAGUGGUCUCCUCAUACAAAACUCUGAAUAAAAAUGUGCUUUUGGAGCCAGCAUUUGGACUUUAAAAGUGUGUUUUAUCCUUCGAGCCAGAUCUACAGCCUUUAACUGAUCUAACUCUUUCCACAUACUUAAUGCAAAUUGUUCUUAAACUACAGCACAUUUAAGAAUCCAGAAAUUACUGUCUUCAUGUUUGCUAAUCAAUAGAUGUAGUGUAUAAUAGUAUGUUGUAAAAAUCUUGUUAGUUUACUCAAUUAUACCCUCUCACACACACCUAGAUUGGUUUCAAGGUGAAAAUGAGUCAUUUGGUAGUCACACAUUUGCCUGGAAUAGAAAAAGAAGUGAUGUUUUAUAACUGAGAACAUCAGGGUUUGGUGUUUCGGUCUGAGUCAGUCAUGAGGGUGCACAAAAUUUUUAUACUGUCUCUGGUUGUGGUUUUUCAGUCCACUCUAAUAGCGCAGAGGAUUUGGCGGGGAAAGCAUGGGAGUGCAAAGUGACCACAACACAAUGUUGAUAUUAUCGCUCCUGUGGGACAUUUUACUUCACUUUCUGUGGUUUUGCAUGUUAAGCUCAUCCAUUUACAUUCAAUGAUUGCAGACGUUUUUCAGGCAUGAGGAAGGAUUCGACAGAUUUGUUUGGUCAGAGGUCUUGGGUUAGGUUAGGGUGUGUCAGUUUCAUAUUUUGGUUCUCUGAUCCUUUGAACAGAUUUCUAACAACCACUUUUGAACUUUUUCUGAGUUAACCCUGGAGGAAAAGCAGCCUAUUAAAGGGAUAAAAAUUGACAUAUAUUAAUUAAGAAACAUUACACAGCUUUGAGCAAAACUUAGAGUACUUCUGUGCUUCUUUUAAAUCCUUGCUCUAUCUUUUUUAGAUUAAAAUGUACCCAUUUAUCAUUUCCUCCUCUCCUCUCCUUUCUUUUACUCUCCUCUCCUUUCUUCUCUUCUCCUCUCCUCCCCCCUCCUCUCAUCCUUUCUUUUACACUCCUCUCCUCUUGUCUCCUUUCAUCUCCUCUCAUCUUGUAUCCUCUCCUGUCCUCUCCUUUCCUCUCCUCUCUUCUCCUCUCUUCUCUUCUCCCUUUGUCUCCUCUCCUCUCCUUUCUUCUCCUCUCCUCUCAUCUCCUUUCCUCUCCCCUCAUUUCUUCUCCUCUCCUCUCAUCUCCUUUUUUCUCCCCUCCUUUCUUCUCCUCUCCUCCCCUUUCCUCUCCUUUCCUCUCCUCUCCUCUCCUCUCUUCUCCUCUCUUGUCCUCUCCUCUCUUCUCCUCUCCUUUCCUUUCCUCUCCUCUCCUCUUCUUUCCUCUCCUCUCCUCUCAUGUCCUGUCCUCUCCUCUCCUCUCCUGUCCUGUUCUCUCCUCUCCUCUCUUCUCUUGUCCUCUCCUCUCCUCCUCUCUUGUCCUCUCCUCUCCUCUCCUCUCCUGUCCUGUCCUCUCCUCUCUUCUCUUCUCUUCUCUUCUCUUCUCUUCUCUUCUCUUCUCCUCUCCUCUUCUCUUCUCUAAUCUCCUCUCCUCUCCUGUCCUCUCCUCUCCUCUCCUCUUCUCUCCUCUCCUCUCCUCUCCUCUCCUCUCCUCUCCUCUCCUCUCCUCGUUGGCAUGUGUACUGUAGCCGCCUGCCUUGUUGUCUGUGCAGUGUUAAAUAUUAAUUGGGAAUCAGUGGAGGACUUGUCUCCUAAAUGAUAGAACAGAAGGGCCCAGGCUUGCCUAAGGCAGCCUGCAGGCGCCUUUCUUCUUCCAUUUACCUGCAGGCCUGCGCACCAGCACUUCCACCAGUCUGACAGGCCUGCUCGGGCGCCUCCAGCCUCCCCUCUUUUCCCCCCAUCUCUCCCCCACUCUCUGCCUUUCUUCCUACUUCUCUGCUCUGGUUCCUUUUCUUAUCUCUGUAUACGCUUACAAUCUCUACCUCUGGGGUCCUUAACUCCAAACCUGUGCUUGUGUGUAUGUGUGUGCGUUAGUUGUGUGUUUAUGUGUGAAUGUGUGUUUGUGCUGUUGUCAAUUUGAGUUUGUGCACAACUUGCUUUCGGCUGUUCAUGUAGCCCUUUGAGAAAACAGUGUCACAUUGUGACAUAUUCUCUUAAAGACAGGACAGGGAGGGUGAAGCAUAAAUGUUUCAGGUCAGGAUUUAAGCUUGUUGUAUUUCUGUGUCUUGUACUGCUCUCUGCCUCAUCGCUGAUGAUUUAAUCUCUGUUUCUGCUUUCUGGCGUUUUCCCAUAACCACCAUAACCGGCCUCGCCGUUUCUUUCUUCUGUGAGCCGUCUUUUGUUCCUCUCUAUCAGCCGUAUCAUCUGAAGAAGUCUACCGAGUCAAAACAACCAGCAAGGCACCAGCUGUCUCUCUCUGCGCUGGCUAGCUUAACUUGUGGAUGACCCCUCUGGACUGACAUAUUUCACCAGUGGAGUUUUUGUUUUGGGAAUUGGACCAGUCCAACCUGUUGUUGUAUUUUGCCUCUCUGUGUUUUUGCACUGGAGCACAGCUUUCCACAGGGUUCACUCAGGAUGUUUUGUUGAGUAAAGGGGGUUGGAUGUAAAAUAGAAAAACCUGGAGAGGGAGCAGAGGGCAGCAGAGAAGCAGCGAUGUAUCUGGACCAGAAAGGGGGCCGUGAUGGUGGUUUUGAAUGUGGGGGGGUGGGCUUUGAUGCCAUAGGAAUGAGUUCACAGGCUCGUGAGCACAGGCCUAAUCGCACAUGACAAUAUCGGCUGGUGUGCCAGUCGCAAUGCAUAACCGCCCGCUGCUUGUGCUGACUCGGGGUAUUUGCUGAUAAAGCUCUGCUUUCUAGACCAUGCUGUAUGCACAAUGAGGGUGGCCCAGGCAGUCCUGAGGGCUGGAUCAUCGCAGGCAGCCCACAAACAGGGGAGCCCAAUCCAGACAGAAUCAUGGCCUCUACUAAGCCCUUUGGCCAGACUUGAUUAUUAAACAGAGAACAGUUUGUGAUGAAUAUAGUUAUUUUUUACAUCUAUUAUCUAUCAUGCCGCCCAUGAAUUAUUGCUAUGGAAAGCUGCUGGUAGAACUCAUGCCUGAAAUGAGGUCGUGGCUCUUUUCACAGUUUGAAAUAUUCAGGGUUCGUAUUUUUUUUUUCUAUUGGAUGCUUUUUUCGGCUGUCAUGGGAACAAACAUGGAGGUCACUCUUUUUUUGUUGGGUGGUUGUGUUUCUGGAGUGCACUGUGAGGUAAACAUGUUGCCCCAGUUUCUGUGUUUGUUUGGUGCACGGGUGUCCCACAAAAGGCCUGACAUGGCUGCUGGCCUGCAUUCCUCUGUGGCUCAGAAAGGGACACAAACUACACACAGUUGUUGAUUCUGCUGGACAGUUGGCUCGGUCAUCAGUAAUUAACACGUGCACAUCUCAAAGGAGCUGUUUUUUUUUUCUCUGUCAAUUGUAUUUUUUGUGUUUAUAACUCUGACAGGAAUAGAGAACACUCAAAGCAUUCCUGACAAUAUCCAAGAGUAAGCUAUGAAGGCUGACAGACAAACUAAAAAGGAUUUCUCGCAUUUAAAAAAAAUAAAAAUGUGUGUUUUGUAUUUUAAAAACCCGUCUUCACAAAAGGUUAGUUGAAAAUAACGUUUUAAUUUAGAGUCAGUGGGUCCGCUCCUGCGCCGUCAGUGGUGUUAAUGGGGCAGGAAUGCAGGAUGAGCGCUUUCCCACGCUGUUAGUUUUCUUCUGCUGGCCGUGUUUGAGACGAGGCUCUGGGCCGGCAGUGCUCUGCUAAUGCAGCCAGAGUGCAGACAAAUGGAAAGUGACACUUGUGUGUGUAGAAUGGUAUUUGUGGUGACGCUUUGACUACAGAUAAUAAAGUGUUCGCCCUGAGGUGAUUUUGCCCGGCGAGCGCCCCAGAUGAAACUCACUUACUCAAAGAGGGAGAUGUAGGGGAGAGAGAGAGAGACAGAGAGAGAGAGAAAGAGAGUGGGGAGGGAGAUGCAGCACUGGAAGGAUGAGGAGACAGAUAGAAGGGUUGAGGAGGAGGGGAUGAGGGGGUGUAUAGACACAGAUUGGGUAGGUAAGUAUUGUAAGAGACAAGGAAAGCAAACAGAGCAGGUGGAGGAUGAAGACGAGGAAAAGCAGUGAAAAGAUCAUCCGCAUUAAGAGCACAAAUAUCACCAUUUGGGUCAGAAGAUGAAGAAUUCUGGGAUUAUUUAUUAUAUGUGUAUGACAAUUAUUCACCUGCUUUGAAGGGUGAUAUACAAAGAACAUUUUAGCACGUCUAUAUGUUUGAUUUUGAUGUUCGGUGUGAAGCUUUGCUAUAAAAAAGAAGCACGUCUGGCUCGAAAGCUGGCAAAAUGUCAGGAUCAACUGUUGGUGGUAGGAUCUGUGAGCGUAUGUGUCUUUGUGAGUGUGUGUUUCUGCCAGGCCAUGUGCACAGAGGAGUCCUUCAGGAUCAAUCAAUUCUCAGUAAUUUCCCCUACAGCCCAUAAAAGCCAGGUCUGUCUGGAAGGAGCACGAGGUUGCCACAUCAAACCAGCUAAUUAAUUUUCAUGGCUGAUUCAGUAACAUCUGGCUUCAGAGAUAAAUUCUAACAAGAAAAUGUAAACAUGACAGUGUCCUGGUGGUGUAAUAUUUCACAUUUCUUGGGAGGAAAGCUUAUAAAAGAAACCCUAAUUAGCUGUUUUUGAUCUCACGCGUUGUCCACUAUCACAUUGGACACAUAUAGGGAACUGUGAAAUAAUUAAAAUAUUCAAAGACACACAAGCAGAGCGAGUAGUUCAAACAGAUUUGGUUUUUCCUCUGCUUUUUUUGGGUGCAAUCUGUACCUGUGUGCACCCUAUCUGUGUCUCGAUGUACUGUAUGAACCGCACACGUGCACCACCUCUCUGCAGGCUCACUAAAUGACCUCACGCUGCAGUCUGUGUGAGAAGGCAGCCACAAUUAGGCACUCAAUUUAGAGUUUCUUCCAUCUGCUUGUGCAGGAAAUAGGAUAGAUUAAAUCAUAGAUUAGAUUGGGUUUAAUGAAAUGAGAGAUUAGAUAUGGGAGUUUUGUCCAAGUUCUCGCUAAAAAUCUCUUUUAAUGAUAAAAUCCAUUUUUGACAUGGGGCCAUGUCUGCGUGCUUGUGGAGGAUCAGUGUGCAGAUUGCUUUAACAUUCUUGUUAUCCUCUUUGCUGUUUGUGAAACAUGCUGGUACGUUAAAAGCCCAAUAUGUGGUUGCGGUAUUUAGCCUCUUGUUUUGGUAAAACUACAGAUUUAACUCACACGGUGAAUCAUCCAGUGAAAUUCUUUGCUUAUUAAGUGUUGCACGUUUCAUUUCAAAGUUAAAGUAAGCAAAGAAAUAGUUUUUUCAGUCUUCAAAGUACAGAUUUUGAAGGGAUAUUCCGGUGUAAAAUUACGUUAAGGUCAAACACCAAGUUAGACACCCUGUCAAGAGAUGAAUGUUGCUGACAGCUUGCUUCUCUAGUUAUACCAACUUUAGUAACGACCGCAGGAUAGCAAUACACAGCAGUCUCAGGAGAACAUAAAAAAACCUCAAUCAAAACGCUACUCUAUAGACACAAAUAAUGCUCAGAACAGCACCUAACUUCAUCAACAGUACAUAUAGGGUCCCAGCCAUAGUACUAGCCACCAAACAUCUUUUUAGCUUUGCCUGAUUCUUUAGCAAAGAGACUAAACACAACUCAACCACUCUCUUCCAGCAGCCGCUUGUUUGAAGUAAUAAUCACCACAUUAAUCAUUUUGCACUGCAGACACAGUAGUUCUUCUGCCUUAGCAUCUUGAUCUGAUUGCAUUUCCAUGAAGAAAUGAUCAUAAAUGUUCUUCCUUGAGCUGCGUCACACUGCUGCAGUCUGUAAUGGACUCGCCCGAGGUGUCCGCACAAAAAAGCGGCUGCUGGAAGAGAGUAGGUGAGUUGUGUUUAGUCUCUUUGCUGAAGAAAUUAGGCAAAGCUAAAAAGAUGUUUGGUGGCUAGUACUAUGGCUGGGACCCUAUAUGUACUGUUAGGUGCUGUUCUGAGCGUUAUUUGUGGCUAUAGAGUGGUGUUUUGGUUACCGCUGUAUAUUGCUGUCGUGCGGUUGUUACUAAAGUUAGUAUAACUAGAGAAGCAAGCAGUCAGCAACAUUCAUCUCUCGACAGAAUGUCUAACUCAGUGUUAUGGUGUGUUUGACCCUAACUUAAUUUUACGCCGGAAUAUUCCUUUAAGUUACAAUAAAAUGAGAAGGCUGGAAAAAGUUAUGUAUAGACCACGUUUUCUUCUGCACCGUCUCACAGUAAGUUUGAUGAUUAUGAUGACACAAGCAGCCACAAAUUCAGACGGCUCUAUCCUCUGAGAAAUCACUGCAGUUUGAUUUCUAUCUUUGUAAUUAUAGAUAGCAAAGGCCUGCUAAAUAAUUGCCUUGAUUUUUUUUCUCUGUUGUGCACAAAAAAUCAACCUUGAGAUGAACAGAGGGAGAUGAGUGUUCCUAAAAAUGGCUUUUCUGAUAUCAGGCAAGCAGCAGGGUUUCCUUUCCCGACACGUGCACUUGAAUUGAUUAGCACUCUGGCUGAGGGCACAUUCAACAUGUCUGCCCCCUGCGAGGCUGCACUACCCUGUUGAUCACUGGCUCAUACAUGUGCUUCCUCUGCUCCCUCACCCCUCAGGAAGCUCCUGCAGGGCUCUGAGGCUUUGAUUGACUGGCGGCCGAGACCACGGGACACCUCUAUUAUUAUCAUCUCUACCUCUGCGGAGGGGCGGGGGGCUACGUCCAGGGGGUCUGGCCCACAGCCCCUGCUUUGUGUGCCCGAUAGUCAAUUAGAAGCCGCGCACUGCCGGAGACGAGUGGGAUGCAGGGUUAAUUGCAGAGGACCAAACAGCUGGCUCUAUCAGGGCCCAUUGUGUUUGCAGCAGUUGUCACGGCAAUUGAGGCCCGGCUGUAAUCGCUGACUAAUCAGCCUUGUGCCAGAUGACACCUCCAUUAGCACAAGGCAGGUAUUGUUCAGGACGCAGAGCUGCCUCUGGCUUCCCCCCUGCCUGCCUGUCCUUUUACAGCAAACUAACGGAGGUGGGGAGAGGAUGUCAAAGACCCUGAUCCUAUCUGCUGAGAGCUGAACAAUAGCUGCGGGUCAAGGGUUUCUCUGUGGAUCAGUGCUGCUUCAAUCUGCCUUUUUCUGGGCUGGCAAAAACACAUUCAAUGGGUCGAAAUUUUUCCAAGCUGAUUAUAGUUUGAGGUAGUUGCAAUUUUUUCACCAUGAACUUUUGAAUCUGAAUUAUGUCUUUACAAUCAACUCACAGUGGCAAUCACUGGUGGAAUGUAUUAUUAUAUACAGAAGGGAAAGGCACCCUGCCGGUACAGUGUUAUAAAAUAUACAGUCUCAGCUCAGCCAGCCCAGGCAGAUAGAUAUCCACCACAUUCAUUUAAAGUAAGUUUGUCCUCAUCACUCCUCCCAAGGGCUUUCACAUUGGUGGAUUAAUGUUUUUCGGUUUGUUGAAAGUUUUAUGUCCUUGCUUUUAUAUGCUAUGUCUUUAUUUGGAAAGGAUAGGACAGUGAACAGAGCAGGAAACAGGAAGAGAGGGUGUGGAGUGACAUUUGGAAAAGUGGCCACAGGUCAAAUUUGAACCCAAGCGUACCCACUUGAGGACUACAACCUCUACUCGUUAGGUGUGUAAGUUAAAGUCCCACUCUGAUUAUUAUGAAGUUUUUAGUCAAAAUCACAUUACCUGUGUCAUUUUCAAGAGCUUUUCUUCUGCAGAGUUCCAGUAGCUCAUUAGCAAUUCACCUCUGAGUCGAGGGUGGAGACAGCGCUGCUCUGCACACUUUUCCUCGGGUUAGCUUGAAGUCUAAUAUUGCCAGUGUAGUAGAAGAAACAGGUAACAUAGGAGCUAUUCAGCUCAUGGACACUAUUUUCCUUCGGGGCAUGAUGAAAGUUAAUAUCAUAAUUAGCUUUCUUACGAGCAUUUCAAUCCGCUAACGCAGACGCUUAUUCUGCGAUUGUCCUCUGUAUUUCUCUGAGCCUGGCCUGCAUAGCGGGACUCCGGGGGCGGAGCUUGGAUUGGUUACAUAUGAAAUCUCACUGCAUCUGAUCCUGCCGUUUGGGUCUGCCAAAGAUUCACAGCGACUUGAAUGCAGAAAUACUUAGAAAUGCAAUUUCACGCUUCUUUUUCUCAUGAUUUGUCCUCUAGUGUCAGAAAAAUGCCAUAUGAACAUGUAGACAACAAAAAAAUCAUGAUUUUCAUCGGAGUGGGUUUUUAACCACCAGACCAAACCAGCAGCCCCAUUGGAGGAUUAAUGUGAGGCCACUGUGAUCUAUUUAAUAUAAAGUAUAGACCAGACCUUUGAUAAUGUUUCAAAUUUUAGAUGGUAGGAUGUUUAUUUAACGUGUGAAUCAGAGCAGCUGCGAAUGUCCUCUCUUUUCUCAGUAAGUGAGUGUUUGUUAACUUUAGUCUGGACUGCUCACCUCCUGUUUUCCUCUAUCUUCCCGCUAAUCUCUGCUCAUGUUGUUUGUCCAAACCUCGUUGCUGACUGGUCUGUUUGUUUGGUCAAAGUUAGUGUGUACUCUGUGGACUCUGUGUUCUGUGAAAACUUAAUUGCAGUUCAGCCAAAUGGUCCUCUCCCUUCAUUUAAACUGCACUUUUUCUCUCCAAUAUACACGGUCAGAGUGGAUCAAAGUGUGUGUGAUAAGUGGGGAUAGCAGCUUGCAGGAGUGAGUGAGAGAACGUUGAGGGCUUUUUGAUGUGUGGCAGAGCUUUCUCGACUAAUAAGAAGAAACUUUUCCAGCCUCCCCAUAAUUUUAGAACACUUGGAACACUAAUAAAUGGGAGCAAGGGCAUUUCAGGCGGUUCUCUCUGACUUUUUCCUCUGCUUAUUCAUUUAAACCUCUAAUUAAAAUGCAAAGCAUUCUCAUGGUCCUCUGGAUUUGGUGCUGCUCUCUCGCACAGCCUCUGACUCCCUAUCUCCUCUCCUUUUUUUUUCCACUCCCCUGCUUCUCCUCCUCCUCCCUCCUCCUGCCUUUCCCUUUCCACCUCACCUAACUCCCUGCUCUCAUACUCUUUCUGUCUGCCUCUGCUUCUUGUGAUCAACACAAUUUGACCUCUCACUUGGAAGAAGUGCACAGAAUUUAAUGGAUUUUUUACAGUCUAAUCUAACCAGUUCCCUCUUUAUUGCUGUUUUGUACCCAGUGGACCUCAUCUUUACCAGGCCUCCCCCCACCUCCUCCACCCUCACACCAAGAAAAUUAGUUCAUCAGAAUUCAAAAUGUACUGCUAGCUAAUUAAAGGAGUGUUAAUUGAGUGUUCAGAAUUGGGUACCCCUUCACCAAACACAUUCAGACACACACACAGACAUACGGGCAUGCACACACACACACUCACACACACAGACACACACAUGCAAUCACAGUGACAGCACGGGGUACACCAAGGACGUCGCGCUCGGGGAGUUUCAUGCCAAUCAAAAAUGGAGAGAAAGGAGAGUGCCCAUCCUCCAAGUGAAAUGGGAUUUCUAGAUCAUAUCAAGGCCUACUGCGGCUCAGUCCGGCUCUGUGCUGCCAUGUUAUCCUAUCCCAGCCUUGGCUAUCUCUGUCUGCCCGCUGGAGAAAGUAACAGUGCACAGAUAGAGUCUCUCACUGCGUGCAUGGUGCUAAUGAGGGGUGGCAUUUAGAGAUGUGCUGCUCUGACACAUGGGCAUUGUGUGCCAGGCACUGGGUGAUUAAGGACGAAGGUCAGCCCAUUAAUUGCCUCCCUGCCAUCUCCGCUCCCUGGCGCGUGAUCUCUCAGAACUAAUGCAUGUGUUUGCCUCGGCUUUUAUCUCAUCUUCAAUGCAGUUCAAUCAUAUGCUUGGUUUGUUUACAUUCUUUUCAUGUGAAAGUUUUCCCCUGUACUUAUUGUAAAAGCAGUGCUACCUAGCUCUGGUUUCCCUGUGCUUGUGCUGUUAGCUGUUUGGUGUGCUUGUGAGUGUGCAUAGCCUCUCCUGCUCUCAGGAAGGGAAAAAGCAUAUUCUUCCAUCCCCAGGGGAAAUAAUUAAUCCUUACAAGGCUGUCGCAUGUCGAAAUGAAGCGAGUGUGAAGCAUUUAGCCCAGGAGGCAUUGCAGGCUGUCGCCUGCGCAGGCACCUGUUGUUGUCCCUGCCCUACAUUUCAUGAGAGAGUGCUGAGCAGGGGAUAACAACAUGCUCCACUGAUGCUAAAUGAGACACACAACUGCGCAUGCAGGCUUGGGUGUGUAUGCAUUUGUGAGUGUUUUGCCUAUAUCUCUUUUGUGUUUUUGUGCUUUUUGUUUGCAUGCACAACCAUGCUGCAGAGUGUGCACAGGUGCAGGAAACCCCCCACCUUAUGAGGAGGUGAGGGCUCACACAAAAGAGGCAGCGCUGGCUGCCUCAGAGGUUGUUUAUCAGGCAGUACCAUCUGUAUGCUGCUGCUCAGAGCUGUGAUCUACUGCAGCCUGAACCAAUAAGUCACAGAGCACCCGCCUAAAAAGAGACUCUCUCCUUUAACCUCCAUGUCCACACUUAUAGACUUAGUGCUCUGGAGGAGAGAGAUGUGGAGACCCUGCGCAUCAAGCACACAGUGUGUUUGAGAGCCUGUGUAUGAGAGUGAAAUUACACCCCGCUUUGUGACCGUACUUACUGUAAUCAAGUUUGCUGUAAAAUUUAAACCAUGGAACUUUUUAAAGAGGAAGCUGGAAUCAGAAGCAUCCAGAUGCUCAUUUGCCUCCUCCUUCUCUUCUUCCUUUAUGCCUGUGGCUUCUAAUAACCGGAAGCCUUUGUGGAGCUGAGAUGGGUUUUGUAGGCCUGAAAGGCCUCUAAUCCCUGUGGCCUGUGAAGUGUGAAACCCUUUGAUGCCAGGUUGGUGUGCCAAAGGCUCUGCCUAUUGACAAACAAGGGCCAAGCUGGGAAAAGGGGGAGAGGGCUUUCUCAUUUCUCAAAAAGAAAUGCAGGCUCAGGCAUGGAAAAUAUGGACUCAGUCAGAGAGAAGGAAUAGAAUUAGCCACCCUUUAAUGAAUUUCCUGGCUGUUUUUAUAGUUUUUUUUCCUCAUGUGGCAGUAAUUAGGUGGAAUGAUGGGCAGAUUGCAGCUGGGGGCUCGUAGGGGCGGCAGGGCACAGGCCCUUGAUAUGCCUGAAAGCCAAGUAUCUUCCCUCAUUUAGACCAUGUGAUGAUCAAAGACAGUGUUUUUUUCGCCCUCAUGUAAAGAAGAUCAGAAAAAAUGCUGCCAUUCCAUUUGCAUGUGGAUCAGCAAUGUGCUUUGAAAUAAGCAUGUUUUUCUCUUCUGAGCAAAUGUAAUAAGUCUUCUGUCAGUUUUUCACUGCUAGUCAGAACAUCAAAGCAAAUGGCACUGCUGUCACCAGGGAGGCAGAGCUCUGCUUCAGUAAGGUUAGUUAGUUUUAGAUAGGCUGGACUGCCACACUCAGCCUCACCCAUUAGGAUGACACCAGGUUCCCUCUGUCUGCCUGAAUCCAAGUUAUUUUAUACAGACUGUUUUACAUAUUCGGAUUUUAAUUUGAUGUAUAUUUUUUAUGAUCUGGACCAUAUGUUUGCUGCAGGAGGGAGUGUGCUAAGUGAAAUAGGCUGGACUAAAUUUGGUCGGGAUAUUCAGUCUUUGAUCUCUGCUGCUAAAUUCCCAAUUUAUUUCUGUUAUGAUAUGGAUCUUGUAGAUUUAAUCAUUUUCACAGUUGGAGACCCAAAGGGUUGUUGAAAUGAACUCCCCAUGCUAUCUGUAAUAGGAGCAAAGAAAUGAGAAUUGUGACUACUUGGCUGUGGAGUCUCUUUAAAAUGAUUUUGCAAUCGGAAAGGAAAUGGAGUGAGUCCUAGUCACAGCCUGCUCCUUGCACACUCCUUGGGUUGCCAGGACAUUUGCUGACGGCACAGUUAUGGCAGUUAAUUUUUGUGCGUUUUGUUAGCUUUUGCAUAAAAAUGUCAUUUUUGAAGGGGUUGCAAGUCAUUGGUGGCAGCUGAUAUAUUGCUUGUAAAUUGAGUUCUUUUCCCAACCCCCUACCCUUUUUGUUACACUGAGCUAAGUAGCCAUGAAAUUGCCUGAAUAAUGUCGUUUAAAUCCAAUCUCACCGCGGCCCUUCACCUCCAUACCCAGCCCCCAAACAAUGUCACAUGGUGGGCUUUUUAGAAAUUGCCAUUUUUCUGUUUGCCACAUCAAUUCACAAUGGCUGAGCCUUGGCUCGCUGAGCGACAGCAAAGCCUUACUUGCUGCAUUCACUGCCAUAUUGAGUUUUGGGUAAAGAACCGAUUUCAUAUAACAAAAACUAUCUAUAGAGUAUUGACAUUUAUACUCAAUAUUCAUAUUUUUGUACCUGCUUUUAGUUUGCUCUGUUUUUUUUAUUGUGUAUAUGCUAAAUACAGACUCCUGAUGAACAUCAUGAACAGAAAAGCCAUCGAUUUACCUCUUUAUCAUUGAAAUAGGUGAUUGUGACAGUCGACAUGUCUGCUGAUUGCGUAUUGUAGCUCUGCAUUUACUUUUUAGACACGUAUACAUUUGUGCUCAUCUGUGAAGCAAUGUUCCAGUUUUAUUCUGGAGCAAAAGUUUGCAUUUAGCAGCACUCUGUCUUCUUUGACUUGGUUUUGGUCUCAUAAAGUUCAUCUUACAACACUGCUCCCCAAAGAUCUUUAAUUGUUUUCUUUCAAUGAAGGCCUUUACAUGAACUCCUGGUGUGAAUAAAUGUGAAAACUAUGUGGCCAAGGGUAAGACCUAGUAAGUGAAAACCACUUAUAAAUCUCAAAUGUGCCACUGCAAUUAAACAAGCUUUUAUCCCCUCCCCUUCAUCCCCCCCUCGCCUGGUAUCCAAGGCUAACCCAAUUCAGUGCUAAAGAGAGUCCGAAUUAAUCUCACAAUGGACUGAUUUAACAGCGCCUAAGGUACCAGGCUUUGACGGAAUGAGUUUUUAAAAAAGAUCCAUUUGUCUAGGGAUGAACCUCCACAGGAGGGUGUAAAAAUGAGAUGGAGAGAAAAGCUCAAAUGGAGCAGAGUGACGGAACAUAAAUGCACGUCAGUCCUGAUUUGCAGUUUCCAAACUCUGCUCAGCUUGUUCGGCUGUUUACAUCCAGUUUUAUUACCUGCUCUUGUCGAAUGCUGACAUUUCCAGCUGCUUUAAAUGUAGUCACUGUAGUUCUCUAUUGUGAAACCGUUGCAGCAAAGUAGUGUUCAUUGCAGUUGAUUGAUCGGACUUUGUUGCCGCCUGUCCCUUCAAUAUCAGUGGUAACUAAAUCCCUGGUCGGCUGUUCUGUCCCACUGCAAAUGCAGCCAUUAGUGUUCAUAUCACUCAUGCUUUUUUCUCUAUUUGUCCUGCAGGUGACCUGGUGGUGCCUACACAUUCCCCACGCUACCCCACUGCGGCAGAACUUGAUGCCUAUGCUCAGAAGACAGCCAACAGCCCGCUGUCCAUCAAGAUCUUCCCCACUAACAUCAGGGUUCCCCAGCACAAGCACCUUAACCGGACUGUAAACGGAUAUGACACCACAGGGCAACGCUAUAGUCCCUACCCUCAUCUCCACACCGGGGGCCACCAGGGCCUACUCGCCAUUGUCAAGGCUCCUUCUUCCUCCUCCUCCUCAUCAUUGUCAUCUACCUUUGUUCCUUCAAAAGGUGUUCUUAAAAACUCUGACGGCAGACGGACUAAGCUCUCUCCAGCUCACAUAGCAGUCGCCCCAUAUCCACCCCCUAGUAGUAGCACUUUAGCGAGUGGCCAUGGCCAAAUGGUCUACCACACAGGGCCCUCCAAGCCUCCAGAAGGUGCUGGACUAUCGGUUCCUCCCAACGUCACUGUAGCUGGCUCAGUGAUUCCUGUACCAGGGGGCCGAGGCCUGGCCCUACCCGCACAGUCAAACCUCCCUUCCAUCCAGAGCAUCAUCUACCAGAUCAACCAGCAUUGCCAGGCCCAGGCUUUGCAACAGGUGUGCCAAGGGGCCACCACCACUACUGCACCAUCAAACUCUAGCCCCUCCAAGCAGGGCACAACUAUCAUGGGGCUCUCUUCAAGCUCCUCAGGGGGAGGUUAUGUGGUGGGAAUGGCUCCCCAGGCUAAUAUGGUGUAUGCAGGGCCUGGGCUGCCAGCUCAGAAUGCAGAGGCGAUAAAGAAUGGGGUGUAUGCAGAUGGUAUGGACUAUAUCCUUUGGCAGAAACAGCAACAACAACAACAACAACAACAUCAACAGCAGCAACAAGCUGUGCUCCGUAUGUACAGUGGAGGAAGCGGAGGAGGGGGUGCCAUCAGUAAGUCCCCUGAAACUUGUGUUCCAGGUGGAGCGAUCAUGGCAGCCCAAGUGUCCUCCUCUUCCUCCAGACCCUACCACCUGACAGCGAGUGCCAGUGGAGGAGGAGGCGGGCUGGACAAAGUCAGCUCCUCCCCUUUGAACUGUGUGGGCAUGCAUGGGAAUUUCUCAGUGGGUCAAUACUUUGCCCCGCCGUGGAACAGUGUGCUGGUGACACCUGACAGUGACUGCUAUAACCCCCAGGAGCUUCUGGGCACCUCCGCCGGAGGGCCAGCGACUGGGCACAGAGAGAUGGGCUACCCACACCACCAUCACCACUACCAUCACCAUCAUCAUCCUGCCAUAGAUAGUGGGGGAGGUUUGUGCUGCAGCCUGCCCAGCAAGAGCAUGUGCAACACGUCAGUGCUGAGCAGCAGCCUGCAGUCUCUGGAGUAUCUGAUCAACGACAUCCAUCCACCCUGCAUCAAAGAGCAGAUGCUGGGCAAAGGCUAUGAGACUGUGUCAGUGCCACGUCUGUUAGACCACCAGCAUGCACACAUCCGCCUCCCUGUUUACAGAUAGAGGAGGAAGAGAACCAAGAGAAGAAAAUCAAAGUUAAAGAACAGAGAUGUUUUUUUUCCUGAGUGGUACUGCUUUAACAGUGUGGAGCGUAGAGAAGAGCAGGUGUGGUGCUGUGUGAGCAUAGGUGUGACGGUUUCAAGGAAAGCAGUGGGAAUCCCAAAUAUAAACGGUGGUAGUGAUGCCAGUGGAUGAGAGAAAAGGGAUUUCAAGAUUCUCCAGAUGUUCCAUUGUGUGGUUUGCCAAUAGGAAUUUUGGGUUGAUUUAUAUAUUUUUUCUUUUGCUUUUGUUGUUUUUUUUUUCUUGCCUGAAAAUUAUUGAUGAGAAUCGUAGGUUGACAUGAAGUGCAUACACCACUUGUAUCCCCCCCCUUCCAAAUACUAAGAUGAAACUACUGUGUAGGUUGUCACUGAAAUGGUCUUAAAACGGCCAAAGUUUAGGGCUGCUCUCAAAAUCCAAAACUCUGUAACACAGUACUUACACUCACAGACAACAACACACACACACACAUACAGAUACACAAAGGUACUGACACAUGAAGAGAAGUUAUCAGCAGUACUCGGAUGAAAAUGUACGAGGAUUAUAAGGUUGAAUUUAAAGGAUAGUACAAUAUUAGUUAUUAUUGCUGUUUUAAUUGAUACAUAAAUUGCACUGCUUGAAUCUUGUUAACUUUGAAGUUUGGAAUUGGGUAGUUUGGAUAUGAUAUAUUUAAGAAACUUGAAAACUUGAACCUAUUUUUUGUUGUUUUAUAUAUUUGUAGGUAUAUUAUAUGCAUUGGCUGCUAUGGGGAAAAGUGUCUCAAAUGCUUUUUUUAAUUUCAUUUUUUUUCCACUUUUGUUUUUAUGAUUUAUUAAUUCCUCCUCAAGCUGAUGUGCAGUUUCUUAUGUCCUGGUGUGAGGCACAGUCACUGCUUUGGUUCUGUAAGAACCUUGUUUGGAGAGCUUUUUUCCUAACCAACACUGGAAUCUACAAUAAAUCUUGAAAUACCUAUUUAAAAGAAAAUGUUGCAAAAAAAACAACAAAAAAAUUCAAAAAAAAAUACAAGGAAAAGUAAUGUUACAAUGAAGAAUGUGAUUGGGAGGUUAUUGACAUAACCUUAUGUGUAUGUUUCUGCGUGUAUGUGGCUGAGUGCAUGCGCGUGUGUGCAUAUUUUUUUUUUGUGUUCUUCAAAAUCCUCAGACUUUUUUUUUUUAUGUCAUUACAAGAUUUUAUACCACAAAGACUGAAAAACGGAUUAACUUGUCCCACAAACAUUAUACCUGAGAAAUGUACUGGCGAUAUUUGGAAAACCUCGCUCCUUUCUUUGGAGGUUUUGUUCUUCUCACAGGACCCCCGUGCUGUCAGUGCAACAUCCACUACUUCUGUCUAGUGUUGUCAUGAUGACGGAAAGAGGUGGAAAUGAAUAGAAGUCUCUUUUAAUCCCGCAAACAAAAACAAAAUGAAAACAAUCAUGCCCUGUCCUCUGGCAUCAGAUGAAACGAGAUGAGUCUCACUGCUUUUUCUCGUCCAUUUCAGCCCCUGGUUGGGAUUUUAUUCAGCCUGGGCCAGUCUUAACUUGAUGAUUCAGAGCAGUGAAAUAUUUAUUAUGACUGUGAGAUUCCCUUGAAUGUACUGCACUUAAAUUACUGCAAUGUUUUAUUGCCUUGUGGGACUCAAGUGAAAGAGAAAAAAUUGGAUCAGUGCAGCAGUCCUCUGGUCUUAAAUUACUAUUUCUUUUGUCCGUUAAAUUUCAAUGCUAAAUUGAAUUUGGUAACUGGAGAGAGAGAGUGAGCCGGAGCUUUGUUGUGGGGAAAUACUUGCAUCAGUCGAGAUUUAUGAAGUGCAAUUAUUAUGACUGUAUUAACAUUUUUCUCUGAGCUUACACCAAAAAAUGUAAACUACAGUUGUCAAUACAUUCCCAAUGUACCACAUCCCUAAUCCCUUUCCUUCUUUUGUUUUGAGGUGUAAAAUAAAUUUCUUUAAGAAGAUAUUCAGAGGCCACAUUUUGGCUUUGAAGUCUGUCAUUAUUUUUUAACGUUUGUCCUCUAGAAGUCAAGGGGAAAUUGGGCCCGUGUUUGAGCAACUUAAUGAGAUCCAGAGAGAUGUGUAAUCUAGAUCAUUUCCUGCACUAGAAAGCCCAGAUAUCUUUCAUUGAUGAUCUUAUAAAAGUUUACACUUUGGCCAUCCAAAGAUAGAAGAUAGGAAGAGCUGCAGAGAAGUGAAACAUUUACCCUUAAAAACAAAGAGGUGGAGGUCGAGGCAGACAACAUGUUUCUUUGUCCAUGUGUUUUCCAUCGAUAGACCUUUCUAACCCCGACUAAAUCAAAACUGUGAGCCUUAAUUUUUGAGCUAUAGGUGUAUGGAGAGACAAGUUGCUAUCUUUGAAGACUGACAAAGAUUUCAGCUGAAAGAUAUCUAAGCUCCCUUGGCUUAAAUUUGCACAGUAAGCCUCCUUAACAUUCCAGUGAAAAAUUUUCAUGUUGUUUCAACAGCUUAAUACCCCAGCCACAGUGUGAUCCCAGCAUAUUUUCUGUCUUGUAGAAAUAUUUUGACAGAUUUACAGAUAUAUCCCGUCCCUAAAUCCCCUCCGUUUGGCUUCUGCAUCCAAGCAUUAAACCCUGUCACAUGAUGUUGAAGAGAAGAGGGACACUUGAGGCAGUGGAGUUUCUGAUGUCUGGCCUUUCCCACCAAUGGAGGUCUGAGGCACCAAGCCUCCUCGCUAAUGGGAAUAUUGGGUGACGCCUGGCUGCCGGACAUUGCCAGUGAAUAGAAUUCAUUCAGUCAGAGGGUUGAAAUUGAACCUUUCGCAAACAGCGAGGGAUUUUCUUUUUGGUACAGAGAAGAAUCUGCUUCUUUUUUCUAGACAAGUUUGACUGAACUAAACAGAUGUCACGAAAGCAAGUUUUUAAAAUUUAGCAGACAUCUCUCACUUCAAAAAUGAUAUCCCAUCAAACCAAAUAUUUAGCACCCACAUUUUUUUGUGUAGGCUCUAAUCUUAUGUUUCUCUGCCUCAUUACACAUAUGAAUGCCCUCCUAUUGAUGGGAAGCAUCUCCACCCUGCAACUCUGGUCCAUUCCACAAUUCCUGAUUUGGGCAACGGACGCUUAGCCCCAUAUUAGGAUAAUAGAAUUAAAUUUCAAAUAGAUUUGUGCCUGAGCUGAUCCACGCACGGCUCACUCAGCUGCAGAGGCAGAGUGGCAUAUGGCACGUCAUUAUCUAAGCCCCCCUCCCCCUGUUCGAGGCCAACAGGGUUCAGCAGUGCUUAAACAAACUGAAGGUUAGGACUAGCUGGCUGGCGUUGGAGAGGAGGACAGCGGGGUUUGUAAAAAGAAGAGGGUUGGGGGGGGGUGGGUUGCUAAAUCACAGCCUCCACAGCGUCUCAGAGGGCCUCAGCACCACACCAUGGCGCCUGUGCUCGGAGGCCUGCUUUAAAAGCCCGGCUGUGUUUGAUGGAGGGGAUUUGUUUUCUGUUGGAUUAUACAUGGUUGCUCCCUGCCUGGCUGAGGGGCCCCGUGCAAUGUGACAGAUCUCUGCAAAAAGACAGAGACAGGGAGAGAAAGAUACAGGGAGGGAUUUUGGGGUCAGAGAAGCCUUGAAGCAUCAGUAAUCAGGAUAAUUGCCAUGUUCCUGGUGCCGGUUUCAGCCACCCCUCCUCAGCUCUGCGGCCUCAUAUUCAUAUUCCAGCUCUGAGUAAAUCACAUUCCUAACUGAAACCACUUUUUGUGCUUGACUUUACUAAAUCCCACUUAGUAACAUCUUCAUUUGUGAUUAGACUUUCUAUGCUUGAAAUAUAUCUCAAGUUGUGUUGCCGAGGAAAUGAUAAAUUACACCGUAAGAGCUUCAUCUAAAGGAGGACAUUAAGAUCCAUAGCUUAUCUCUGAGGCUUCACGCUAUUGACUGUUAACACGUUUUCAAGGGCGAUGAGACACUCACGAGGAUGGCCUGAGGGCAAAGAGGAGGAGGAAUUGACUUACACUGGUUGUAAAAAUCCCUUAGUAAAUCCCAAUAAGUCCAUGAAGACCUUUACCCAGUGCAGAGGCCCGGUCCCGUAUUGUGCACUUUAAAUACGGCAGAGGAGGUAGGAGAGCAGACAGGCCUGCUCAGAGUGGGGUCAGCCUUUUUUUUCACUACAACAACACAGAGACGAGAAGGGAGGGAUAGGGAAAAUAAAGACAGCUGCUCACUCUGUAGAGUCCUGGCGCUGCUUCCCUAACCUACAGAUGAUGGGGGGGUGUUAGAGGGAGGAGAUUGAGGAGGGGGGUGACGUCCCCCCCUCAUGACGCUUUGGUCAACCUCAGUCCUGUCCCCUGGCUGCCCUUGGGCCCCUGGGGCUCUCAAAUCAGAGUCUUUCCCAGCAUCCCUCCUCAGCGUCUGCAGCAGAUAAAGUCCUCUCUGCUCGGCUCCUACCUAGCAAGAAAAUACUUUAAUCAAUAAUACAGAUGGUCCUGAGGAAGCCCGUAGAGUUUACCCAGCAGCCUCGGAGCUGUGUUGCACAAUGUUGUUUAAAGGUUCGCUGUGUGUCAGGCACAUUUUCAUCUCUGUAGUGCAACUGAAAAGAACUCAACCGCUGCAACUGAGCGUCAUAUAUGUUGUUUUCAGCAUUUAUUUUUAAAAAGAUCGAAAAAUAUCCGCGCAGAUUAAGACACAAAAUAAAUCAGGAUUGUAUUGUGAAAGGUGCAGCCCCAGAGACCUUCUCCAAAAGCUCAGUGCAGCAGGUUGUAAUUCCCCGAGCUUACAGCUUUUUAUUUCUUCAGCAUCACAAUCAUGUAUGUUCAGCUGAAAAAGCUUAUGGCCUCCAAAUAUUCAUCUCGUUUACGUGCCGGGUUUAUUGCUGUAUCCAAUCCAAACACAAAAGUCUGGGGAUUUUGCUUUUUUUUUUCUUCCUGUGUUUCUUUUUUUUCACUGUUUGUGUGGCUCUCUGAAUGUUCCUGUGGACAAACAGGGCUGUUUUCUUUCUGAAUGAUCUCAAAUGCACCGACGCUGCCAAAGUCUGAGGGUGCCGCAACCUUGAGAAAAUCAUAUAUAUGGAAAUAGGAAAUCUUUAAAGCAUCUCUCUUAUUGUUCUCCCUGCAGUGUUGUAUUUAUGUUUAAAAUGAUUUUGUCUCCUCAGGAUGAAAAAAUAUAAAGAACACCUUCCUUUUUUUGGAAAAUGAUAAUAUAUGAGUUAGAUUUUGACAUAAGAAGUCUGGAUAUAAAAAAAAAAGCUGUAAAAUCCUUUAGUCGUGGGGUUUUCAACUUUUGAAUGUGCCUACAGCAAAGCAUCCCAGUGAUUGCUUACCUUCCCCCUUCUGCAGUUUUGCAAUCUCCCCCUAAUCUCCCCCCAACAAUCAUCUUCAAUUUGCUCAAACUGCCACUGUCCCCUUUCCAUCCCAACACCCACAUCAGAUACGUUGUCUGUUCCCUGCUUUUGUCAAUCUCAGGACUGAAAUUUCUUUAUUUUAACGUAGAUGGUUGGUUUUCAUUUGACCUCUCCUCUCUUAUGUAUUAUUGUUUGACAUAUGUAAAUAAAGCAGAUGACUUCCAUGCCUGCCUUGUUUCUAUAAUCAUCUGUUGUCGACCGGUCUUCUUUCUUGUCUUUGUCUUCUUCUCCUUCCUCUUUAUCUUCUUUAACAUUCAUUUUUAAGACUCUGUACAAGACUUUACGGUAAUGAAGGUAAGCAUAUUAGUCUUAGGAUGCACUUUGCACAUCAGCACCA